CUGAGGAAGGGGAGGCUGUGCGCGUCACGCGGUGCGUGCUGAGGAAGGGGAGGCUCUGUUUGUGUAACAGGAAGAGGCGGUGCGCUGUGUCCGGAUGAGUUGUGCGAUGUGGGGGUGAUCCGGGGUAGCGGGCUGACAGCGCGUACAGGACGAGGUGCCCACCGCCCGGGAGACAUUCCCCGACUUGCAGCCAGCCCCGGGGCUAGGAGGGCAGCGCUAGGGCUGCAGGCUCCAUGUAGCAACGCGGCCCGGGGCACAAGAUGGCGGGUGAGGCACGGCGCCGGGUGUGAGACCGUGUACUGAGUGUGGCAACGUGUGUGUGUGUGUGUGUGAGAUGCUGUGCAGGGAAGGAAGUGCACGUUAUAUGGCGGGGACUGCGUGUGCUCAGUGCGUGUGACUGUUUAUUAUUACACAAUCUGAAGAGCUGUGUUGUCACAUUCCUAUACAUAUAUGCACACACCCUUUUUAUAUAUGCAGCUAUGGGCAGGUAUAGUGUACGUAGUGUUCAUAUGCACGAACGUGUUGGGAGGAUAAGGCUUGUGCUUUAGUUACUGGCACUGUGUGCUAAGAGGGCACAUUUUAUAAUUGACUUUAUCUGGCCUGGAAAGAACCCUUGCAACGUUUAGCAGAGGUAUCCACGGAAGUGUGCAUUUUUGGAAAUUUUAUUUAGAGUGAAUUUUUAGGCAAAAAAUAAUUACAAUCCAUCUAUGAUUUCAGUUCAGCUAUUUUGGUUUAAGACAAGAAAUUCACUUUGAAUAAUGGUAAUUCACAUUUUAGAAUAAUCCUACUGAAGAUGUGGCUACCUAGGUAUUUACUUACUUUUCUAUAAUGCAUGAUACACGAGCCGUAAAGGAACACUAUUAACAUUAGGAAUACAAAUCUGUGUUCAUAACAUUCUAGUGUUCCGGUACCUAGUAGUAUUAGGGAAAGAAAGUGGUUUGCUUUCCUUUAAAGCAAAUUUGAGGUAACAGGUUCCAUUUAACUGAAAUUGCCCGUUAGACUUUCCAUAAAUAGUUUAUUAUAGCGAUGAAUAUUUAUACACUAUGCAUGUUUUAGAUAAGAACAUUAAGUCUGCGCUUUCUUUGUUCUAGUGCAGUGAUUUUAUUUGCCUUGUUCUGGCACUAGCCAGCUAAUUCACUAACUAAAAAGAAUAUUUUUAAGUCCAUCUCCAGCCGGGUCAUUUGGGCAUCGGUAGCCAGCCUGCAACAAGUGCUUUGGGUGGCUAAUGUGUGAGACCUGUGCAGAUCUGGUGUCUGGCGCCAGCACUCCAGACAGCUAGUGGUAGCAUACCCUUCUUCCCUUAAUGAUACCUAUGUUUGCCCCUCAGCCUGACAUACUUGGGCUGCAGGUAGAAUUUGGCCUAAUGCAGGUUUGAUGUCACUUAUGUAUAUAACUGCAGUAACACGUACAGCCGUGUAGGUUAUCUUCCUAAUUUUGUUAGCAUAACAGAGCUAAUUUAAGUGGCAGGCACCCUCUGCUAGAAAAUGCUUGCCUUAUCCCCCAAGUAAAAGUGUACCUUUCAGCAUGAGUGGCACAGAACACACGUUAUUCCUGCACAGACUCCCCUGUUGAGAGAACUUGGACUGAAAGCCACAUUCACUUGCGAGUUUGCAGCUCAAACUUUGAAGCUUCUCGAUGAGAAGCCUCUGGUCAUGCCACUCGCAUAAACUAAAAGGAGGACUUGCAAAGGUUGCACAAAGCAAAUAUGUAACUUUUGCAAGCUGUUGAUAUACCUCAAAUGAAGAAGGAAAAAAAAAAGUGAGAAAUUAGAAAUAAAUGCAUGUUUUCAUUGUUGGUAAAUCUACUACACAAUGAUUUAAAUAAAAUAAAAAAAAAUAAUCAUUGCAUUUAACCAUUUCCAAAAACUGUAAUAUAGUGUAUUGAAAUGGCUAUUAUGGUAUAGAACAUUAAAUUAUAGUCUUCAUGAAGUUUCCUUUCAAAAGACACUUCCAAUUUGAAAGAGGAUAUAUUUGAAUGUGCUACAUAAGCCUAACUAAAAGUAUUAAAGUUAAAAUGUAACCCAUUUGUACAGUGCACAGCUCACCGGUGAGCUCCAGUUCAUGGUUUUAUUCCUUUAAAGGACCACUGUAGGCACCCAGACCACUUCAGCUCAAUGAAGUGGUCUGGGUGCCAGGUCCAUCUAGGGAUAACCCUGCCUGCUGUAAAUAUAGCAGAGAAACUGUUUACUUUACGGUUAAACCAGCCUCUAGUGGCUGUCUCAUUGACAAAUGCUUUCCUAUGGACUGAUUGAAUGCACGCGCGGCUCUUGCCGUGCAUGCGGCAGAAGAGUCCCCGGCACUGGAGAAAGGUAAGUGAUUAACACCUUCCUCCCCUUAGAGUCUGGCGGGAGGGGGGCCAUGAGAGUGGGGGGGGACCUAUUAAAACUAUAGUGCCAGGAAAAAGAGUUUGUUUUACUGGCACUAUAGUGUUCCUUUAAACAUCUCUCUCUAAUUAACUGUUAUGUCAUUUUAAAAUCAGGAUCAAUGUUUCAGUCCUGAUGAAAGUCAUUAGAGAGGACUGAAACGUUGAUCCUGAUUUUAAAAUGACAUAAGAAAAGUUAAUUUUUACUUGGAAAACCGUGAGUGCAGCCAUCUACUUUCUACUGUCUGGUAGUGCACCCGGCUAAGAAAAUUUUUGCAGCUUGAGUGCAAGGUACUGCAGCAUAUAUAUAUAUAUAUAUAUAUAUAUAUAUAUAUAUAUAUAUAUAUAUAUUUAUAUUCUUACACUCCUACUGAACAAAAAAUUGCUUAAUAUAUUACACAGUGCUCUGCCGCACUUGUAGAUAAGUCCAUAAAUAGCAAGUACUCCAAUAAGAUACAAAAGAGGGUUGCUGGGGUUUUUUUGUUUUGUUUUUUUAAUUGGUUUUCAACAAGACAUACUUGACGAGAGAAAUCUCAAUGUGUCCUUCCUGGUAAAAUAUUUUAUAAAUAGUAAAUUCCAUAAGUAAAAAUCUACAUUUUAGUUAUAUAUUGCAAACAUUCAUCAGGGCAUCAUCAUGGAUCUUCCUAGAGUGCUUGCUGUUUAUGGACUUUUAGAUACUUUAUAUAUAUAUAUAUAUAUAUAUAUAUAUAUAUCUAUCUAUAUAUCACAGAUAAGGCUGCACUCGCGGUCUUCAUAAAGUCCAAAAUGCUUUAUAUGUAUUUUUUGAUCCUGAGGAAAGUCCCAUGGAGGGCUGAAAGAAUGAUCCUGUUUUUAAUGAAUACCUAAUAAAGCAUUUUGGAUUUUGUGAAGACUGUGAGUGCAGCCUUAUCUGUGGAAUUAUAUUUACGUCAGCCCAAAGGGUUUGGAACCCAGCAUUACAAUUUACAGCGUGAGUGCAAGAAUUAUCCUCUGUGUGUGUGUGUGUGUGUGUGUAUAUAUAUAUAUAUAUAUAUAUAUAUAUAUAUAUAUAUAUAUAUAUAUAUAUAUAUAUAUAUAUAUAUAUAUUUAUAUUAAAUACAAAGAACCCCUGCACUCCAACAAAAAAGAAAACAAUACCUGGUGCCUCAAUUAUAGGCAAAGGAAAAAUACCGGCACUCAAGGAUUUUCCAAAAUUCACUUCUCCAUUUAUUGUGGAAGAAUCAAAUUAGAGGAGCUGAAACGUCGAAUUUGAUUCUUCCACAAUAAAUGGAGAAGUGAAAUUUUGAAAAUCCUUUAGUGCCGGUAUUUUUCCUUUGUGUGUGUGUAUAUGUAUAUAUGUGUGUGUGUGUAUAUAUAUAUAUAUAUAUAUAUAUAUAUAAUUCUAUUACAUAUGUUAACUGACCAUAUUUUUCUGAAUAAGGAGGUUAAUUUAUAUGUAUUUUGUGUGGCUCUUUAUUAGUGUACUUCUUUAUGGGCUCCUAAGGAAAUGUGCUUAAGUUCCAAAUGUAUGUUUAAAUGUUACAAACUAUUAGAAAUGCGUACUGUAAUCUAAUUGAGGUUGUCUUUUGAAAUUGGGAUGUGUGAUCAUUCUACCAAAGGGACAUGUAACUUGUCUAAAAAUAAAAUGUAUUGACCAUGUUGUGUGUACACAAAUAUGUUGUACAUGACUCCCAUUAAACCACAAAACAUAUACUAAAUAACAUAUCUUAAGUUAAACACAUUCAUGACUCCAUUCUCAAAUGUGUGCUUUGGCGUAAAUAAGGUGUUAAGUACACAAAAAAAGUAAGUUUAAUAAUUUCCCUAAUUUAUUACGAGGUCACACAUGGUACUCCUUUCAUUUUGUAUCUACAUCCAAACAUUACAAUAGCAUACCUCCAAUCAAAUAGUGACAAAAAGCGCUGUGCAUCCUUUAAUCAAACUGGUUCUAAUGGCUCUGCAAGUAAAAUGGGUUGUAGGAAGUUGUUGGGUUGGUGUCUAGAGCAGUUUGCAUUUAAAAAAAAUAAAUAAUAUAUAUAUUUAUGCAUGUUUUUCAGAUCUGUCACUGUUGCAAGAGGACGUGCAAGAAGAGAUAGAUGGUUGUAAGUGAUUUUUCUUUAAACACUUAUCUGACUGCUUUACACAAGUUAUUGUUUGGUUUCUGACUAAAAUUCACAGCCUCUGUGUACAUCAAAAUGAAUGUUCCUUUUAGUGAUUCUAUUGUGCCAACCAUUUUUUAUUUUUAAACGAUGGUUACAGUUCCUUAUAUAGAGCACUAUUUUAGCAAAUGAUAGUAUUUUUAGACCUUAGCAAGCCAUACUUCUUCUAAUUUGUAAUUUUGCAAUUCAUAAUACACAUGCAAAAACAUAUUAGUUGACCUGAAUUUCAUGAAUAUCUGUCUUGUCUCUUGGGCUAAACAUAUUUUACACUGCAAACAAAAACUUUUUGUAUUUUAUAGGUGUUUUUUGGUUUCCUCAUAUUUGUAAUACUAAAAUGACAUUGUCAGUUUGCUUAAGUUUACAGCUGAGAUUCCCCAAUCUUUCUUAACAUAUUUCUAAAUAGAGUUGGAUUGUCAACCUUAUGUUGUUGGUAGUGUCUCUGAAGAUUUCUAGAUUUGUAAAACAACUUGAAGAUUGUUUCACAAUUUGCCUCAAACUGCGCACAUUAAAUAGUCUUUGAGAAAAAAGUUAAAAAUGUGGCUUUUACAAAUGAAUGGCUUUCAGAUCAGUUAAAGGGGUACAAUAAUCACAGAAACAGCUUUAGCUUAAUGCAGCAGUUUUGGUAUAUAGACAAUGCCCCUGCAGUCUCACUGCUCAAUUAUCUGCCAAUUUUGAUAAAUCACUUUGUCUAUGGAGCCCUAGUAACACCUUACCCUCAUGUGACAUACACAGCCUUGGUAAACACGUCCUGUAAAGAGUUAUCUAAUGUUUACACUUUAUUGCAAAUUGGGUUACAUUUUUAAUUUAUCUCCUGCCCUUUAAUAGCUUGCAAGAGCCUGCAGGAGCAUAUAAAUAAAGAGCAGGAGAUAAAAACUUUGAAAAUAAGUUACAUAUGAUUUUAAAAAUGAAACCACUUUGUUUUAAUGCAAGAUAUGUCACUCAUGGUCUGGGGAGGUGUGGCUAGGGCAACUUAAACGGUAACAAAAAUGAUUUACCUCCUAAAUGGCAUAUAAUUGAGCAGUGAAACUUCAGGGGCAUUAUCUGUACACAAAAACUGUUUCAUUAAGCCAUAGUUGUUUUGGUGACUAUAGUGUCAACAUUUGCAAGGGAUGUUGUGCUAAAUUACCCCAUCUUACAUUGAAAAUGCUUAAUCAUUUUGUCUGCAUUUGUUAGAAAUUGUAAUUUCACUCAUGGGAAAAGUAUAAUUUAUUUACCGUCAGGCAAGAUGGCGUUUACUAAUUCUGCCUAUAGAAACUUAUACUGUGAAUAAAUACAUUGCUAUUCAUUGAGUAGUUACUCCAAUCACCAUGAACACUCCAGUGUUUUGAAGUGGUCAUGAAGGGCUAUAUGUGUGCAGCCUUUCAUUAAAUUCUGACUUUGGGAGUAAUUUAUUUAACUCCACAUAUCUCAUUAGAAACUUAAAACUUUUGAUAAGUUUCUUUCAGGCAGAAAAUGACUUAUAAAGUCUCUUGACUCUGUAUUUUGUGAGUUCCUGUGUUCGGGGCAUUGGCACUUAAAGGAACACUAUAGUCACCUGAAUUACUUUAGCUAAAUAAAGCAGGUUUAGUGUAUAGAUCAUUCCCCUGCAAUUUCACUGCUCAAUUCACUGCCAUUUAGGAGUUAAAUCCCUUUGUUUCUGUUUAUGCAGCCCUAGCCACACCUCCCCUGGCUAUGAUUGACAGAGCCUGCAUGAAAAAAAAAAACUGGUUUCACUUUCAGGUGUAAUUUACCUUAAAUAAUUGUAUCUCAAUCUCUAAAUUGAACUUUAAUCACAUACAGGAGGCUCUUGCAGGGUCUAGCAAGCUAUUAACAUAGCAGGGGAUAAGAAAAUCUUAAUUAAACAGAACUUGCAAUAAAGAAAGCCUAAAUAGGGCUCUCUUUACAGGAAGUGUUUAUGGAAGGCUGUGCAAGUCACAUGCAGGGAGGUGUGACUAGGGUUCAUAAACAAAGGGAUUUAACGCCUAAAUGGCAGAGGAUUGAGCAGUGAGGCUGCAGGGGCAUGUCCUAUACACCAAAUCUGCUUCAUUAAGCUAAAGUUGUUCAGGUGACUAUAGAGUGAGGCUGCAGGGGCAUGUCCUAUACACCAAAUCUGCUUCAUUAAGCUAAAGUUGUUCGGGUGACUAUAGUGUCCCUUUAAUAAGCAGACACAUGGCUUUUGACAAAAUGGGCCUCUGUUCUGAAAUUCCACAUUAGGGAAAGGUUAUAACUGAGUCUUCCAGUUGUAAUAAACCUUACAAUAUGCUACUGUAUCUAUGCCAGUUUGCAAGGCAGUUAUUUUUCAAUGCUUAUUCUCAUUUUUUUUUUUUUUUAUGAAGUGGAACUACCAUGUAAAAUAUGCUUUCAUUUUCUAUGCAACAUUCUUAAUUUAUUUCAAAGGGAUACUCCAGACCACUAAAACACUUUAGCUUGCUGAAAAGUUUUGUGUUUGUGCACUUUUUUCUGUUUUGCAGAACGAGUAGCACCUGCCUUUCCAAGUCUUCUCAUUAAACUGCAUUGGGAAGUCUGUGACUAGAUAGCCACAGAAAGUCAGGGCAUGGUUAGAAGGGGAGGACUUGCUAAGGAUAUUCCCCAGUGAGAAUAAUACAAAUUUAAGGGAACAUUAGUCACCAGAGCAAAUACAGCUUAAUGACAGUUGUAUAAAUCCAGUGUAUAAAUGCCAAAAAUAAAAUAAUCCAUAGGGCUUGACCAUACAUUUGGAAACUUUUGUUAUUUUAUUUAUAUAGCACCAGCAAAUUCCAUAGCUCUGUACAAUGGGUGGACUAACUGACACGUAAUUGUAACCAGACAAAUAGACACACAGGAACAGAGGGGUUGAGGGCUAUGCUCAAUGAGCUUACAUACUAGGAGUGUGGUAUAGUGACACAAAGGGUGUGUGAUUUCCUAGGUAUAUCUAGGUUUCCAAUCAAAUGCUCACAGUAGGGUCUGUAUAGUAGCAAAAGGGCCAUCAGAAGUAAAAUGGAGAUGUGGGGGCCCCACCCCUUGGAAAUGAAUGCCUUUUUAAAAGAAUUGUUACUGUUCUACAACAGUCGACAAAAUGGCUAGAGGUAACUUUUUUAAAGUUUAAAAAUGUAUGUAACUUGGGUCCUGGUCAAAAAAAACCCCUCAAGAAUCACUGCAUUAAAGGGGCACUAUAGUCACCAGAACUACCGCUUAUUGAAUUUGUUCUGGUGAGUAGAAUCAUUACCUUCAGGCUUUUUGCUGUAAACACUGUCUUUUCAGAGAAAAUGCAAUGUUUACAUUACAGCCUAGUGAUAACUUCACUGGCCACUCCUUAGAUGGCUGUUAGAGAUCCUUCCUGGGUCAUGGCUGCCUUAAAUGCAUCCAAACAUUCAGUAUCGCCUCCCUCUGUAUGCAGACACUGAACUUUCCUCAUAGAGAUUAAUUGAUUCAAUUCAUCUCUAUGAGGAGAUGCUGAUUGGCCAGAGCGGUGUUUGAAUCAUGCUGGCUCUGCCCCUGAUCUGCCUCUUUGUCAGUCUCAGCCAAUCCUAUGGGGAAGCAUUGUGAUUGGAUCAGGCUACCAUUUCUGAUGUCAGCAGACAGCUUGUUUUUCUGAGGCAAACAGCAUGCAGAGUUACAGCUUCAGGCUUGAAUACAAGUAGAAUUUUACUAUUUUUAGUGAGGCAUGAGGGGACCAGGGUGGCUAGAUGGUGGUUUUAACUCUGUAGGGUCAGGAAUACAUGUUUGUCUUCCUGACAAUAUAGUGCUCCUUUAUUUUGUACAUGUCAAUGCAGGAUUAUGAACUUCCUUGUUAAUAACAAAUUCAAAUAUUUGUGGUUCCUUUAAGUAAAAUAAAAAAGUUCAAAUUCUUACUCAAGCAACAGUGCUUUUUCUCUGUUCCUUUCCUGCUAUUGUAUGUGUGGCACAAUGAAGGGCAGUAUCAGGAAUGUUUUAUUCUGUUGUCUACUUAUGAAACCUAAGUUACAGCAAACUAACUAGAAGUAGUUUUUCCCCUGUAAAGCAGAAGUAGCUUGAAAUGUACCACUUUUUGUAGCUAACUUCUUCAAACCAGGGCUGUGGAGUCGGUACACAAUGUCUUUUACUCACUCUUCAGUUUAUGGUACCACUGAUGUCUUUAUAUAGUUUUAUAUACAAAAGAGGCCAAAAUUGUGUAAUCAUUUUGUAAAAUUUGUAUUUCUAACAUCUAAUGGCUUAUAACUUGUCAUUUUUUUUCAAAUGACACAAAAUUACUAAUCACUAGCAAGAUAAUGUCAUGCAGAAUGUAAUGAAACAACAGUAUGUAGCGAUAGAAUUAAAAAUAGUGUUUGAGUGAUUGAAGAAAAUAAUUUGAGUCAAUGAAACGCUGUCGUGGCUUAAAGGUGAGUGGGACAGUGUAUAUACAGACUCAAAGAUAUAAAUGUUUUUUCCUUGGAAUUCUACAGUUUAAAUCUCCCAAAUUAAGAAGGAAACAAAUAGUGGGCUAAAACCCGCAUUAAUUAGUCUGAGAACAGUGGGACAGAGUCAACUGGAGAGGUGAGGCCAAAGCAUCCAGUGUGUUAUGAUCUGGGUUGUAUGGCUGCAAAACAUGUGGGUAGAUUUUGUGUGAUGGUACAAAAUACUCUAGUACAAAAUACAUCAGUGAUCUACUUCAGCUGAAGCCUUGAGCCGGUGAUAUUUUCUAGAAUAAUGGUGCCUUUAUAUAGGGCUUAAAAUUUGAAGUCCUAAGCUUCUAGCCAGGCCUUAAGUUACUUGCCACUGCAAGCCAUAUCAUACUGACAGGAUGAGUUUCUACUGGCUAGUGCUACAUUUUCACUUGCUAGUGGAGAGGAGAAAUUUUGAGCUAUGCUAUAGAUUUCAGCAGGAUAAUGCUCCUUGUCAUGUUGCUGCUGUGUGCAAAAAUGGGUUUCAGGAAAAUCAUGUUACACUGCUAGAAUGACCAGGUAAUAGUCAGAAGCAACCAUGGAAUACCAGGCAAUUGGUAGAAGGAAUCAUACAAUCUUUGGUUUAACAUUAGAAUAACUGAACUAAAACACUUUGUUUUCACUGUCAAUCGGACACUGUUGCAAGGGACCACCCGUAGGGACCCUUUUAACAGGAUGUAAUUGUGCAAAAGGUUUCUAAACUAACAGAAAUUGUUAGAAAUUAUGGAAUGCACUUCCCAUGGUUUUCUUUGCUUGGUCAUGGUUUUGUGUGAAGAAGAUCAUUUUUUUGUUUGUUUUUUUUAGGAUUUUUUAAAUUUUUAAUUACAUUCUGCAUUUAUCUUUCUAAUGUUAUGUAAUUUUCAUUGUAUUCUAUAAAAAUACUGAUAUUAUAAGCCAUAAAACCUCAGCAAUACAAAUUUUCCAAAAUUUGUAAAUUUUGGCCACUAGUAUAUAUUUCAAUUACCAUAUUACAAUUUAUCAUAUAAGUGGACAUAUUAAAGGGAAGCUAUAGGCAUGAAAACAACUUUAGAUUAAUAAAGCAGAUUUGGUGUGUAGCGGUCUCACUGCUCAAUUGUCUGCCAUUUAGGAGUUAUCUUACUUUGUUUAUACAGCCCUAGACACACCUCCUUGCAUGUGACUUGCACAGCCUUUCUAAACACUUCCUGGAAGUAACCUAGAUAUUGCACAGUCAGCUAAAUCUAGAAUUUAUCUUCUGCUCUAUUAAUAGCUUCAUAGACCCUGCAGGGGCCUUCCUGUUCAAUUUACAAAACAGGAAAUAAAAACUUCCAAAGCAAGCUAAAAUCUGAUUGAAAAUGAAACCUGAUUUUUCAAUGUAGGCUGUAUGUCAUAGCCAGGGGAGAUGUGGCUAGGGCUUCAAAAACAACUCCUCCGCCCUGCUUCAGUCUGCUUUUAAGGUGUUUCUACAGAAUUUAUGGUCUUCUUUGUAAGUAAUGUACCUCUUGGGCAUACCACCUAUUAGACAUACUCUAUGUACAAAGGUAUUUUGGACACCUGAUCAUUACAUUUAAAAGGGACAUUUAUGACAUUGAAUUCUAAAUACAUAGACAUUAAUAUGUAGUUGGUUCCCCCUUUGCAGCUGUAAUAGCUUCCAAUCUUUUGGGAAAACAAGUGUUUCUGUGGGAAUUUCUGUCCAUUCAUCCAGCAGGGCAUUUAUGAGGUUAGGCGCUAAUGUUGGACAAAAUGGCCUGGCUCACACUGUUUAAUUUUAGUCCAAAGGUGUUCAAUGGGAUUGAUGUCACGGCUCUGAGGGCCAGUCAAGUUAUUUCAUUCCAAACUAGACCUCUGUGGCACAGUCAUACUGGAAUAGAAAAGGGGCAUCUUCAAACUGUUCCCACAAAGUUGGAAGGAUAGUAUUGUCCAAAAUGACUUGGGUGUGCUGAAGCAUUAAAACUUCCAUUCAUUGGAAGUAAGGGGCCUAGCCCAAGCCCUGAAAAACUUUACAGAUGGCAACAAUGCAGUCAGGCAGAUAAUGUUCUGCUGGCAUCAGCCAAACCCAUCAGACAGCCAAACUGAAAAGCGUCAUUUUUUGCUCCACAGAACAUGUUUCCACUGCUCCAGAGUCCUACCGUGGAGUGCUUUACACUGCUCGAUCCAUUGCUUGGCAUUGUACUUGGUGAUGUGAGGCUUGCAUGCAGCUACACGGCCAUGGAAACCCAUUCCAUGAAGCUCCUGCCACACAGUUUUUUUUUUUUUCUUUUUUUUUUUCCCUCUUGUUUUGUGCUGAUACCAAUGCCCCUAAAAGUUUUGAACUCUCCAGAUAUGGAAUCAGCACUCUGUGACCCUGCUCUGUGACUUUACAUGGUCUUCCACUUCGUGGAUGAGUUGCUGCUGUUCCUAGAUGUUUACACUUUCCAAUAAUACCAGUGUCUAGCAGGGAUGACAUUUCACAAAUGGACUUAUUGCAAAGGUGGCAACCUAUCACCGUAUUCAUCACCUUUUUUUUUUUUUUUUCAUGGACUGACUCAUGCUUAAGUGUUGAAGCCUGUACAGUAUAGGAAAGGAAAUGUGUGGCUGUAUUUUUCUCAGCUUAUUAUACUGACCAUGUAUCGAAUACAUCAUGGCUAAAUUUUUCAGCUUCCAAAUGGCUCAGAGGGUUUAGUUUUUUUUAAGUUUGCAAAAUAUUACCUUGUGGUAUUCACAUUUGAAACACUUUUGUGGUAAAUAUGCACUUUAGAACAUUUCCUCUUACAUCUUGAGUUCAAAGGAAUAUCUUAAGCACCAUCACUGACACAGCAUCUGGCAGCAGUAGAAGCGGCUGGUAGACCCCAGGCAAGUUGUCAAACAACUACAGCAGCUGUUGGAGUUCUUGUAUGGGCAAUGUUAAAGGGUUGCUCAAAGCACCAUGACCACUUCAGUAUGACAUGCUGCACAGGCGGACAUAAUUAACCAUCUGACGGAGGUGUAACUCCACCUCUGGCAGCAUCUUUAGCCAGCCUGAAAUAAGGCUGACUAAUGCCAAUUCUGUGUAUUUCUUUGCACAGACACUGGCUGGCUAAGAGCUCUCAGACAACAUUUUCAUCCAAUGAGCAUCUAGCUUCUGCAGUGGUUCAGCUGCCCUCAUUUGAAGCUCAGCAUCGCUAACAAACUGUUACCUUGCACUAUUGGUCUAUAUCUGAUCCCUUUCUGCUCCUGUUUAAAGGGUUACUCAAACCUUAAAGAAGUGGUCUCAGAGCAAGGAAUCUGUAUGUGCGGUAUUUCCGCUUGAAACGUUGCACAUAAACAUACCUGCAAUUUAGUGCCAAGGACUGUUCAUGACUGCCUAAUAUUAAUUCUGUGAAAAACUUCUGGUAUCGGUCCGGUUACGGAAUAUAUAUUGUCUUUGUGAUACUGAAAGGAAAGUCAUCGUAUUAAGGCAUGUGUUAUGUUAUGCAAGGGUGAUGGGCAAGGUCGAAAUCAGUCGGCGUUUUAUGGGCUUUGAGCUGUGACCCCGACCAGACUCACCAGAGAGAGCCCGAGCGGCAAACCAGCGGGUAUCCCCCGAUGCUCCAUCCACCGCACACCCAGAGUGCGACUGUCUUUGUCUACUGUUUAAAUGAAUAAUUUAAAGAAACAAUCAGUUAGAGACAUGUAUAAUAUAGUGAACAUAUAGAUCAUAUAGGAUAGAGCACCGUAUCUGUCUAGUUUUGAAAUCUAUACCUUGCACCACAUCUAGUGAUGCAUCGUGAUGUACUCCACUGCAGACCGUCCGUUUUAGUUAAAAACAGAAAAGAUAAACCUAUCGUACUCGAUAAAUUAGUAUAUUAAUCUGAAAAUUCGUCUGUUGGUAAUUGUCAUGUUUUCUUGUGCAUUACAGAGAUAAGACUUGCAUAUAAUCCAAUGUUAGUGUAUGUCAUCAGAGUGGCUAUAUAGGAGCCCCCCUAGCUGAGGCAUAUUAGUGGUCUCCAGUUAAAGGGACACUCCAGGCACCCAGACCACUUCUGCCUAUUGGAGUGGUCUAGGUGCCAACUCCCACUACCCUUAACCCUGCAAGUGUAAUUAUUGCAGUUUUCAUAAACUGCAAUAUUUACCUUGACAUGUUAAAUCCUCCUCUAGUGGCUGUCUACUAGAGGACACUUCCGUGUUCAUAGAACAUGAAAAGUGUGUUAUAACGACGCUGGACGCCCUCCGGCUGUGUGAGGACCUCCAGCGUUGCCGAAAUCCCCAUAGGAAGGCAUUGAAAGCAUUAUUCAAGGCUUUCCUAUGGGGAGGUCUAAUGCGCGUGCACGGCAUUGCCGCGCAUGCGCAUUAGGUCUCCCCCACUGCCGGCCGUGCAUAAUAAAUUGGUCUCCCCUGCCAGCCGACGUCGGCGGGGGAGGAGCGUAGGCGGAGGUCAGUCAAUGAAGGGGUUUUAAUCCCUUCAGCAACAUGGGAUGGGGGGUGGGAGAGAGAGGGGACCUGCAGUGUCAGGAAAACGUGUUUUUUUGUUUUUGUUUUUUUUUUCUGGCACUGGCGAGUCCCUUUAAGUCUUCAUCCAUUACAUUAUUUUUACGUGGUCAUGGUGCUUAGUCUGUAUGUACAACUUGUCAAUUAACUCUGCAUAUACUUUAUAUUGCUGUCAGAGGUGUACCGCCACCUCCAGCAGCGUUAUUUGUGCAGAAGCCAGAUGUGCACCAGCAUCAGAUAAAGCUUGGUCUCUGCCAUGGAUCCAGGUAAAAGGGCAACCCAUUGCUCUUUUUUUUAUUUUUUUAUUAUAUAGAUGUUUUGUUUUAUCACAUCAGGUAAAGGGACACUCCAGAGGCCUUAACCCAGUUUGUUUUACCCUUUGUUUAUUUGUUUUUACAAAAAGUGUAUAUUUCAGUAAAAAAGACCCCACUGGCUGUCAGUCAGACCCCACUGGCUGUCAGUCAGACCCCACUGGCUGUCAGUCAGACCCCACUGGCUGUCAGUCAGACCCCACUGGCUGUCAGUCAGACAACUGGUCAACCCCAUUGUUCAGCGCUACAGAAUUUGCUGGCGCUAUAUAAAUAAUAAAAUAAUAAUGUUACUUCCUGGUUGCUUAGCACAGUGGAGUUUAAGUGGCAGCAAUUGUUCAGAGCACCUGCCUGUAUUGGGAAGUCUUUGAUUGGAUAGCCACAGAAAGUCUGGACUGGGUAAGAUGGGGAAAGCUUGCAAAGUCUUCAGAUGAAUGUGUAGCUUUUAACCCCUUAAGGACACGUGACAUGUCAUGAAUCCCUUUUAUUCCAGAAGUUUGGUCCUUAAGGGGUUAAAGGCUGGUUUCAGCUAUACCGCCACGAGAAAAAUGCAUAAUUAAAUGCAUUAUUUUAUUUGGUUUUUAUCUACUAAGUUAUUUUUAUUUUGUGUGUAUUUGAGCAGUGCAGAAUCCCUUUAACAAAUAUUGAUGUUUAAGCAGAUACAUGAAUAUGUACGCUAUAUAAUUUUAUUUUAGUUAUAUAGUUUAAGCUCAAAUAUGAGUGAUUAACCUAUUAAACUAUUAGUAAUUUCUACCAAUAAUUGUUGCAUAUUGAUGCACUAGCUGUUGAAGGUUAUUCUGCAUACUAUGGCCACCAUGCUGGAUCUUGUUGCUCUCACAUGGUUUGGAAAAGCUCAGGAAAAGCGUUCGCCUUCCAACUAGAAAACAUAUGUCUUCCUAGCUACUUCUGGAGUCUGCAUCUCUGCCAGACUCUACUGGUUAUUAAUUUUCUUCUGAAAUACAGUCCUUGUGGCAUUGCUUAAUUCUGUUGCACUUGGGUAGUAUUGGAGUUUAUGAACUUUUCCCAGGUUGUUUUAUAGUGUUCAUGUUAUCCAUUGCAGCAACUUGUAUUUUUUAUUUUGCACUUUUAAAUUUAUUUUAAGCCUAAAGGACCAGACUGUUUUGGCCAUGUUGUACGUUCAGGACCAGAGCUAUUUAAACACUUUUGGGAUGUUGGUGUUUAGCUGUAAUUUCCUCUCUCUCAUUUACUGUUCCCAUACAAGUUAUAUAUAUUUUUUUCAGGACAAGAAGGGCUUUUUUUUCAUACCAUUAUUUGUAUCAGGUCAUAUAAUUUAUUUAAAAAAAUAAAACAUAUGCUGAAAAAUGGGGGGGGAGGGGGGAAGGAGGAGGAGUUUUUUUUUUUUUUUUUUACACUUGCUCUGCCGUACUUGGGGACCUGGCUCUAAACGCCAGCAGACGACAUAGCACGUCCCCGCCGACUAUCGCGAUGGGGUGACUUGUCUGGCAUGCCCGGCAGUCCCACUGAUGCCGAUCUGGCUCUCCUGGGCUAUGUGAUUGCGAGGACCUCACGAUCACAUGGAGGGAAUAGCUGUCCACAGCAGUGCCUGGCACGACAGGCAGUCCCCCUGCUGCCUAUAAUAAAAUUAGAAUAGAGUUAAAAACUGUUUUUAAUUCAAUACUAUAUACUUACAUUAUAUAUAUAUUACACGUAGCAUGAUAUUGAUUAAAUAUGUUAAAAAAAAUAAAAAUAUGUGUAAUUUCGUUCUAUCUGUAUUUUGUUAUUAAUACAUAUUGAUAUCCAAAUACACGUAGAAUGAAAUUAUAUAUAUAUAUAUAUAUAUAUAUAUAUAUAUAUCUCUAUAUUCAAAAGUAUAUGUGUGUGUGUGUGUGUGUGUGUGUAUAUAUAUAUAUAUAUAUAUAUAUAUAUAUAUAUAUAUAUAUAUAUACACACACACACAUAUACAUUUUUUUAUAUAUAUAUGUAUGUAUGUAAUAUUUUUACAUAAUUAGGUCAUUUUAUUAAUUACAAUUUGCGGGACCUGCUUGACAACCCAGGCAGAAAGGGAAUUUAAUUUGCUAGCACUAUAUUGAACCCUAUAACUUUCCAAGACACCAUAAAACCUGUACAUGGGGGGGGGGGGACUGUGUUACUCUGAAGACUUCGCUGAACACAAAUAUUAGUGUUUCUAAAAUGUAAAAUGUAUUGCAAAGAUAUGUCCGUUGAAAGUGACAUUUAUUUGAAUUUUUCACACACAAAUGGCACUAACACUGACGAUAUAAUUGUUGUGAUAUGUUUUACUGUUUUGAAACACAAAUAUUUGUGUUCAGCGUAGUCUCCUGAGUAUAACAAUACCCCUCAUGUACAGGUUUUAUGGUGUUUUGAAAAGUUAGUGUCAAAUAUAAGGCUUGCGUUUCAGUUUUUUCACAUUGAAAUUUGAUUGAUUGGUUACGUUGCCUUUGAGACCGUAUGGUAGCCCAGGAAUGAAAAUUACCCCUAUGAUGGCAUACCAUUUGAAAUAGUAGACAACCCCAAGGUAUUGCAAAUGAGAUAUGUCCAGUCUUUUUUAGUAGCCUCUUGGUCACAAACACUGGCCAAAAUUGGCGUUCAAAUGAUUUUUUUGCAUUUUUCACGUACAAAGAAAUAUUAACACUAACUUUGGACAGUGUUUGUGACCAAGUGGCUACUAAAAAAGACUGGACAUACCCCAUUUGCAAUACCUUGGGGUUGUCUGCUAUUGCAAAUGGUAUGCCAUCAUGGGGGUAAUUUUCAUUCCUGGGCUACUAUACGGUCUCAAAGGCAACGUAACCAAUCUGGCGAAUUUCAAUGCGAAAAAACUGAAAAAUUUAACAUGCUAUAUUUGACCCUGUAACUUCCCAAAAACAUCAUAAAACCUGUACAUCGGGUGUACUGUUUUACACGCGAGACAUCGCUGAAUACAAAUAUGUAUUUUAUUGCAGUAAAAGCAAACCGUAUUAUGGCAUUCUCAGUUAAAAUGCUACGUAGAACUAAUUUUUUUUAAUUCUUUUCUCCCAUUUUUAAAAAUAUUUUAUUCAUAUUAAAUUUUCAUACCUAAAUAUUUAAUGUUAAAUGAAGGCCCUGUUUCCCCUGAAUAAAAUUAUAUAGAAUACGUGUGGGUGCAUAUAAUAUGAAAGAGAUGAAUUAUGCCAUAGCGCAAAUUCAAGUUUUUGUUUACAUUUUGUUUUGAUCACGUGUGCAUUUGGCUCAGUCCUUAAGGGUUUAAAGUUCAAUUUAGAGCAGUAGAUAAAAACAUCUGGAGUAAGUUAAAGGGACACUAUAGUCACCGGAACAACUUCAGCUCAAUGAGGUUGUUCAGGUGAGAACUAUAGCUCCUUGCAGCCUUUCUCAUGUAAACACUGUAUUUUCUGAGAAAAUACAGUGUUUACAUUGAAAGCUGGGAACACCUCCAGUUGCAGUCACUCAGAGUGAACCAAAGGGAUUUCGGAGUUGAUGGAGGCAUAAUAUGCCUCCAUCCACUUAGAUCUGCUGUCAGCAGAGCACAGGGCAGCACUGUGCACAGCAUCCUGUGAUUCAGUAUCUCCUCCCUCUGCAUGCAGAUACUGAACUUUCUUCAUAGAGAUUCAUUGAUUCAAUUCAUCUCUAUGAGGAGAUGCUGAUUGGCUAGGGCUGUGUUUUAAUCAUGCUGGCUUUGCCCCAAUCUGCCUAUUGGUCAGUCUUAGCCAAUCCUAUGGGGAAGCACUGUGAUUGGAUCAGGCUACCACGUGUCAGCAGACUGCUUGUUUUUCUGAGUCUACCAGCAUGCAGAUUUACAGCUUCAGGCUUGAAUACAGUAAGAUUUUUAUUAUAUUUAUGGAGGCAUGAGAGGGCCAGGGGGCCAGAUGGUGGUGUUAACACUAUAGGGUCAGAAAUACAUGUUUGUGUUCCUGACCCUAUAGUGAUCCUUUAACAUCUAAAUUAUAAUUAAACCAUUGUUUUUUUUCAUGCAGGCUGUCUCACUCAUAGCCAGGGGAGGUGUGGAUAGGGAUACAUGGACAGAAACAAACAUGAUUUAAUUCCUAAAUGGCAGAGAAUUGAGCAGUGGCAUGAUCUACACACCCAAACUGCUUUAUUAAGCUAAAGUUGAUUUGGAGGCUAUAGUGUUCCUUUAAGUGGUUAUCCUUUCUGUUCAGAUCUGUACUUUUUUGCAGUUUCUUGAAAGCUGUACUAAUUGUUAAUAUUUUUUUUUUUUUUGGGCACACAUUUGUUUUUCUAUAUUCUUUUAUUGUUUCAACCGAAUCAAUACUACUUUGAGCGUUCUAAAAAUGUGAUGUGUUCAUUUCAGGAGUAAGACUUUGAAGCAAAAAAUGCACACAGCUUAUUUGCUUGUCUCUGUAGCAGCAUACUUCCUGUAUACAUGUUGUGGCAAGUAUUUUUAUUCCUCAGUAAUUUAAUCGCAUUUAUAACAUCCAUAUUAUAUAGUUUUAUGUAGCCCUAAACGUUUGGGGGAGGGGGGGUUGUUUUAAGUUGUUUUUGUUUUUAUUAACCCUUUUUUACUUUGCACAAACUUUAACAAUAUUUUUGUGAAUACAUUUCUAAAACCUUUUGUGUAUUGAGGGAAAGAUAUUGAUGUGUUUUUUUUUUUUUGGUACCUUAACUGAUCCAAGUUUGCUUUGUCUCCGCUAUAAGCCAUGGAGACGGAACAAGCCGUGGCAAACGCAGCGUGACGUUGGUGAAAAUGUACUUUAGUCUUCACGAAGUGAGAGGGGGGGACGGGGCUGGGGAGAAAAAUCGCAAUUCCUGCACUAGAGUGGUUCUUAGAAAUACUGCUGCCUAUGAUUUAUUUGGGCCAGUUUCAAAAAUGCAAUGAAAACUGUCAACAAUGAUUAAAAAUAGGUUUGCGUGUAAUCCUCAGUAUGGAUUAUUUUAUAUUUAUACCUCUUACCAGUGUAUCUCCUGACUGCCCUAUGUUGUCUGGUCAGAAGUAACAAAAUUCAAACAAAUAAAACUGGUUUAGAGACACCUUUCCUUUGAAUGACAUGUCAUGUUAUGAGUGUUAACUUAGUUCUUCGUUAACUACAUGAAUAAAUUGUGUUUUUGACCAAAAAGGGUUUAAAGAUAGCAGUUCUUGUUGCAAUAUUGUAAGGCAGGAGGAAAACUUAGAAUGCAUUUUAUAUAUAUAUAUAUGCAUUACACAAAAAUACACUAAGAGGCUUUAAUACAAUAAGUCUUUUAUUUGUAAUUGAUACUGUAGGCACCCAGACAAUGUCAUCUUAUUGAAGUGGUCUGGGUGUGUUAGCCCUGUAAUACAUUGCGGUUUCAGAGAAAUUGUUUUAAUUGCAGAGUUAAAACACCUCUACCAGACUGACACUAGAGAUGCUUCCUGCAGUUCCACUAUGUGAAACCUUGGUAGAUGUAUUCAUGCUUUGCAUGAGGAUGUCCACUAUCUUCUAAAUCCCCACAGAAAAGCAUAGUCAAUGCUUUCCUGUGGGGGAAGGAAUUAUCUGUGUGCGGCACAUGCACAUUAGAUUCUCCCCAUUGGCUGACAUCGGAAGAGGAGAAGCAUUACCUUGCGCCAUGGGACCCUCGGUGCUGGAAUGAUAAGUGUUCAAAGGGUUAUAUAACCCUUUCAUGGCGGGGCAGGGGCACAGAUGCAGAGGGGGACACUAUUGUGUUGGGAAUACACUAUAAUGUUCCUUUAAAUAGAACUCUAACUUUGAGAAUUUUUGAUACUAUGUUUGAUUAUCCUCUCUUUUACCAACUGUGAGGGUUUGAAACACUAAAUGCAGAAAUAGACUUUGACAUGGACUGUUUCCUGGAACUGAAUGGCUCUGUCAAUUGUUAUAAGCCAUGCCGUUUCCCCAUCAAAAAAUGACAUUUUGUUUUCGCUCUUGAAAGGAUGUACUUAAUCCAUGGCUUUUUAAAUAUGUAUCCCUAAUACCAUCUGUCUGGAUCCUGAGUACAAAUAUAUGCAAACACCUGGUUUAGAAGCAAGAGACUGGUAGUUUUUUUUUUUUUUUUUAAUGUAUUUUAUUUAAACUGCUAAGCUGUGUUGCAUCUUGUCCUUCAGGUUAUCCUGGUGCAAAGGGAAUUAAUCUCUGCACACUGCAGACCUAAGUCAGUACCCUGGCAAGGGGUGGAUUUUUAGCAUAAUGUAACUUGAUUUUCAAGCCAUGUUUCUGAUGUUUCUGAUAGUUGGUGUGGAUGACUACAGCUCAGAGUCUGAUGUGAUUAUUAUACCUUCAGCCUUGGACUUCGUCUCGCAAGAUGAAAUGUUGACACCUCUUGGAAGAUUGGACAAAUACGCUGCAAGUGAAAACAUAUUCAACAGGUAUGUUGACACUGUCUCAUCUAGUCUGUCAAGUAUGUUGGUACUGUCCUGAUACUGUAUGUUUGAAUGUUGGUACUUUAUAGAGAGAGUAACCUAGAUUAAGCUGCUCAUUCUUUUUGAGUGCACAUGAUCCUUAAGGGUACGGAAAUUGUUUUAAUUUUAUUUUUUAAAUUUACUUGUACAAGAGAUUGUGGAAAGAAAGUAUCUUUUCCUAGCCAGUUUUGUCAAUGGGCGGUCACUGAAUAAAUUAGAGCGUUAGCAGACUACUCUCUUCUAAUCAGGGGUGCCCCUGCCCUGCUUGUGAAGGGUUUAACCUAUUGAGGGAAGAGUGAGCCCGGGGUAUCCUGACCUCAUAACUUAAUUUAGAUUAAGUUGUUUUGGUGCCUGAAGUGUCAAUUUAAAUAACAGUGCUUCACUUGAUGUGCUGAUAUGUCCUGAAUUCAUGCAUAGAACUCCUAUGAUAUUUCAUAGUUUUUUACAGUGGUAAUCACCGCAAGUAUGUCCACUCUUCAACUAUUUAUUGUUCUCAACGGGAUAAUAUGCCCAAGUGAGGUGUGUGUGUUUUGUUUUUGUUUUUUUAAUUGCGUUUUGUUUUUAAACCAAUUUUGUAGCCAGAAUGAAAUUGUCACUUUUCAGCUAACUGACCUUCACACCUAUGUUGCCUGGACAACAAAGGACAAACCAAUUUCUCCACGUAAUCCUUCUUGAGCUUUCUCAAAACAUGUUAAUAUUUAGUUCUGGUGGAAAUUAGAUUUGUUUUAUGAAGCACGUGGGCGUUCCAGUAAUUGAACACAUUGGUUUUUACCCUUUUUUUUUUUUCUUUUAAUGUUUAUUACUUAGAAACAAUGUGGGCAUUCAAAAAUACACAUACUGAGGUUGAUGAACUGUAAUUGUAACAUAAAUGCUUGGUUUGCCAGGAUAAUGUUGGUGGUUUCUGAAUGUUUCUGUGACAAUAAUGUUCUUGCUCAGGGAAAGGGCAAGCCACUCACUUUUUGUAACUGUUCUUUUGGAAGUAGCUUCUUGUGAUAUUUUCACUGGGUAGUCUGAAAGUUCUAACUUGUCAUUUUAUCCUUCAACCACUUGAUGUUUUUAAUGGUCUUAUAAAUGUAAAAUUAAUGGAGAGACAUCAUUUCUUUCAGAAUUAAGCCUAUAGAACAAAUUUUACACUUUGCUGUUUAAACUGUGAAUUUAUUUUCCCUCCUUAAAAAUUUCCAAACUGCACGUAAACUCUUCAGCUUGUUAAACUGGUAAUGGUGCCAGGCUACUGCCCCCAAACUGACAAGUUAUGGGCUAAAAGCAGGGCUAAGGGCUCCACUUUAAAAAGUCUAUCAGAGAGCAGAGAAUUGCAAAUAGUAUGCUGAAGUAGAGGGACUAGUAGACACUGCAUACCAGGAACAAGCAAUUGCAAGUCCAGUGUUAUUGCCUGUUUCUGUGAUGUUCCAUGCUGGGUGCACAUGGCUGUACCCAGCAUCGAUAAUUACAGAGAUGGUAAUCUCUUUAAUCUAUAUGGGAGCAUCACCUGAAAGUCCCUCCACGUCAGCAGAGAAAUUUAACUCACAGCUCUCUGACUUUCAGGAAUGGAUGAGCUCUGUUUUUAAGAUUUUGACACACUAGGGACACAAAUGGAUUUAAGAACAAUAACCUGUCACCAUAAAUCAAUAAACGGUUAUUGAUAUGCAAGACUUUGUUGAAAUAAUGUAGUGUUUUCGAUUACUAUUUUAGACGAGUGUACACACCAUUUGCUUUUUGUUUAUCAAAUUUUCUUUUUUUAACUAGACAAAUGGUUGCCCGAAGUCUGCUGGACACCUUAAAAGAAGUCAGUGAUGAUGAAAAGGAUUGUAUUGCUGUAUUGGAACGGGUUUCUAGACUCUCAGAAGAUUCAGGUAUAUGAUAAAUGUUUAAAGGGACCAUAUAGUGCCAGGAAAACAAACCUGUUUUCCUGGCACUAUAGGCUCCUGGAGUGCAUCCCUCGCGCAUGAAUUCUUUUAAGUAAAAACCCUUUCAGCCACUUGCCUGAAUCCAGCGCCGAUGUCCCUCGGUGCUGGGUCAGGCUCCGCUCAUGCUCCUCCCCCGCCGACAUGGGAGACCUAAUGCGCAUGCGCGGCAAUGGCUGCACGCGAUUUAGACCUUCCCAUAGGUAAGCAUUCAAUAUAAAUAUAUACUUUUAUUUUUUAUUAAAAGUAAUAAUUUUGAUAUCCAUUGUUGGCACAAGUGGUGAGAGUGAACUCUAGGGGCAUCAGGAGCUGCUAGAGUUAACUGUCGCGAGAUUUUGAGCGUUGCUGUGGUAACCGCGGAAACGCUUAGAGCUUGUGAGAGGAGAACCUGGUGGAGCACUCACACUGCUAGCGGGCCACUGAGGGAGAUUUCUGAUCUCCCCUCCAGUCUUGAAGAACCAGCAGGGGAGAGGGAGGCAUAUGAUCAUAGCACCGGGAAAAUAUCUCGAUACACAGAUUGGGAACUGCUGCAUUAGUCUGUUUUUAAACCCUUUUAAAAUAAACUACUUAUUUUUAGAUUGUUUUUCUUUGUAUUUCCUAAGUUAAAAUGAAUCCAGGUUUGGUGAUAAACUCCAUCAUCUAUGGUCCGUUUCCAAAAACAGUGGUUUAUAAAUAAACAGUCCACAUGGCCCAGCAACAGUCCAGGAUUUAUAUAUUUAACUUUUUUAUUCCAAUGGAGAUCCUGACAAAACCCGGAAUGUUGCUGGGCUAUGACUACUGGUUUUGGAUCCACUGGCCAUAAGUCUAAGGGUUCUGCCUUUACAAGUGUGUGGUGUGUAGGUAGUGUGCUGUUUUGUCCACCUUCUGUUUAUUUUUAUUGCAGGAAAGGGGUUUAUGAUACUUUGUGUCCAUCAUGGGUUAAAGUGCUUGGAAGUCCAGUCCUUUGGUGGAUGCAAACCACCAUUGUGUACCUUCCUCUCACAGAGCACAGGUUUGGAAUACCAGCAGCUGUUCUCUGACUCCUUAGUGAUGGGGCUGCAAGAGAGUAGUUACUGUGGUGUUUUACAUUGCAGUGUUAAAAAGACAUUGUACCCAGGUCACAUCAUUAAGAUUUCCCUUUAAUGUCAGUCUGUUGUAAAUGAGAGAAUACUGCUACAUUAAUUGGAACAGAGUAACAGCAGACCUUUUUAAUUUUGUUUUAGAGAGAGUAGAGAUUUUGAGUCCUGAUAAUGGAAGAAUUUGAAAAGGUUAAGGAUAAGUAAUUGACUGUGAUUUUAUUUCUGAGUAGAACCCACUGUACGUGCAGAACUCAUGGAACAAGUGCCUCAUCUUGCAAUGUUUUGUCAAGAAAACCGGCCAUCUAUUCCACAUGCUUUCUCCAAAUACCUUUUACCGAUUAUAGUGCGAUACCUGGCUGACCAGAACAAUCAGGUAAGAUUGUAAUUUUAGUUGUGGUUAUUAUUUGCAUAUAUUGCAAUGUUACUAUAAACAAUUAUCAUUCUUCAAUGGAUCUGUACAUAAUGUACUUUACGUGGUUAGUUACUUUUUCUUGGUCGAGUUUACUAAGCAUUUUUUUUUUUUCUUCAGUUGCAUGAUGAAAGUAAUGCAUGAGUAUUUUAAGAAUGUAUGUUCUUAUGAGAUGGCUUGUGCGAUUUUCCAGGUCAGAAAAACCAGUCAGGCGGCUUUGUUGGUCCUUCUGGAACAGGAGCUCAUAGAACGGACUGAUGUUGAAAGUAAAGUGUGCCCGGUGCUCAUAGAUCUCACCUCUCCAGACAGCAAUGAUGAUGUCAAAACAGAAGCAGUGGCUGUGAGUUUAAGUGCCCUUUUCCUGCGAAUGACUGCACUAGUGUAUCUCUAUUGUCCAAAGUUUUGACACUUUGUUAUGGCACAUUAAGUAGAAAAAUGUUUGGUUGUAAGUUAUGGAAGUGCUGCUAUCAGGGCACUGUAACAGCUUAAUCUUAAUGAAGUUGUUAUGGUGCCAGGAGGCCCUGGGUGCACUCUUGAUUUAAGGGGUUAGAACGUUCUUGAACAGUUUAACUCCAAAGGUUGCCUCCAGUGCUUAUCUCCAGGUCCCUCGGGUAGCAUCUGGCUUCUGAAUCUGAGUUACAGGAAGAGCAGGGUACUGCUGGGCAAGGGAGGCACUGAUUGGCUACAGCCAGUCAGUAGCUCCCUAAUCAUAAACAUUUUUAAUUAAGUGUUCUUGCAUAGCAAGACCACUUAAUGUUAUCUCACAUAUAUAUUCUUAUUCUUAUUAUAGCCAAAUUUGCCACCCUAACUCCUCCCACAGUUUUUACACUACAUAGACAAAAAUUUACCAAAACGUGCAGAUUGUUCCCGAUCGGAUUGCUAUUACUUUGUGGAACGUUUCGCCGAAUGGUUCACGGAAUAUCGUCGUUCUUGUGGCGAAAUAUGUCCCAUAGGAAUGAAUGGCAAAGCUAGAGUGGGAGCUGGCAAAAGCUGAGAAAUCAGGACAUGAUUUCUAAACUGCCACCACUCCCUUAUUUUCAGGCCCACCUACACAAAUCUUAUAUCAAAACAUUCAGCUAUCCCUGCUGCCACUAAACAUGUCAACGGCUAAGCCAUAGUCCUGAUAGUUUUCACAAUGUAAUCAUUUGUUUGCAACUAACGCCGUCCAUUGACAUUCAUUGAAACGUCACUCUACAAAGCUCAAAUUUGAAGUGCAAUUUCUAAACUGUGACUGUGCCUUCAUUUUUAAUACUUCAGAGACAUACCAUGCAUCAAAAUGUAGGUCUGGGUCUUGUGAUUCUCACAAUAUAAAGCUCUUCGCUGUAGGAUUUAUAGUUUUUAAAAUACGACCGUUUGAAGAUGGCAACCGCCAAAAUACUCUGACCUGUGCCAGGCUGCAGCAGCAAGUGAUGUCAUAGACAGGGCCUUUUGAACACCUGCUAGUGUUUUUAUAAAUGUAUGUUUUAAUGUAACUGUGCAACAACGUUGCAAUUAAAUGUGCUAUAUAAAUAACAGUUACUCCGCCCACUCCAGUUGUAGGCUACUGGUGGAGGCAAGAACACUUCACACAAUUUCCCCAGAAAUUGUAGCCUUUCUAGUUAAAUAUAUAUUGUUUGAUGUGUGUCCUUUAUUUAUAUAUUUUUUUCUGUUGCUAUUGUUUUGCUUUCCUCCUAGAUUAUGUGUAAAAUGGCCUCUAUGGUGGGCAGAGAUAUAACCGAAAGGCUCAUCUUGCCACGGUUUUGUGAGAUGUGCUGCGAUUGCAGAAUGUUCCAUGUUCGCAAGGUUUGUCUUUCUCCCUGUUUACUGCAUUGAUUGUGGGUUGUUAAGAUGGGUUAGCAUUUAAGACUUUGAAUAGAAUAUUGACAUCAGAAAGACUAAGACCGAGAAAAUAGUUGAAUAGUGAAAAGCUACUGGAGCCUCCCCUGGAAGAGUCCAUUUAGAGGUCAAACAUGCAUCGGUACUGAUCUUUAUAGUUUGCAAGUCCUAAUGCUAUUGAGGACAAUGCUAAUUUUUAUACCUGUAACUUAUUAUUCUUGAUUUAACUAGAUCUGGACUCCACACUAUACAAUUCUGUUUUAAUCAAUCACUGAAUAGGCUACUCCCUAUGUAUUUAUAGUUAGGUUAAGCUUGGUGUGUGGGGAAUAAUGGAUACCAUUGAAGGCACAGUUUAUAUCUUUCAUUUCUCUUAUAUUAGAAAGUUAGUCCAAGUGUAAGAAAUGUAUGCUAGAUAUGUUCAGUGUCUAGUAGAUGAGUCAGUUGUGUUACAUUGUAUCAUUGUUUUGCAAAUUAUUACGUCCAUAUAGCUUGUGCCUAUGUAAGAUUCAAAGUGUUUCAUAUUAUUGUAGUUUGUAUCGGAGUCUUCCCUUUUACUGACUUGGGUGUGUGUUCUUUGCCUAAGUGACUUUACAUUUACAAAUAGCACCUGAUUUCCAUUUCACUCAUUAAAAGUUACGUUGUAAAUUGUAUAUUUGUAUAGGGCUGGUUCUUUUAUUUUAAGUUCUCCUUUUUUUAUUUUUUAUUUUGUAUUGCAUAUUAAUUUAAAGGUGUUAUUCCCCACAAUAUUCCAGCCUGACACAUUCCUCCUGACCUUAUCUGUUUUUUGUUCAUAUUCCAUUUACAUGUCUAGCAAUUUGUAAAUGUUACCCUUGCUAACUCGUGUGUUUCCUUAUAUCUUCCUGUGUCUGGGUUACUGCUUCCCCAUUGUAAUUCUUAUAUCUUAAUAUUAACUUUGUUCUCAUUCUUAUCUCGCUUUUGUUCUCCACUUGCCUUUUUGUAGUACUUGUGGUAUUUCCUUGUCUCCUUCCUGUAACCUUUUUCUGUGGAAGAAAGUUAAUACAGUGUUUUAAAUAAGGUGAUUAUGAAAAGUGGACAGUGUUAUAACAAAAUAACUUUCCAAACAGUAGUGAAGGAAAGAUUGAUAUUCGUUAUUUUUUUUUUUAAGACGUUUUGCAAAUAUUUUCAAAUAUUUUGUCAGUCAGCUGGCUGAUAUUUUACAGAUAUAGCAAAAUAAGUUACUUAACAUUCAGUUGCUGGCUAUCUGUAGGAAGUUGCAUUUCUACCAUUUCCCCUAGCACUGGAACCACUAGCCAGAUAAAUACGGUAUCUGUAUUAGAACUACAAAUACAUUUGCAUAUUAAAUAUGGCUAUAAAAUAUUGUGUUGCAGAGACUAUUUAACUGGAUUUUUAUUAAGUCCACCUAAAUAUUUGUAGAGCAUAAGAGGGAAAAAAACUGUCCCACUCAAAACAGUGCAGUAAUGCCCUAUAAUAGUCAUAUCUGAACAUUAAAUGGAUACUAUAAGUGUGGCACUAUAGCUCAGUCUGCCUUCCCCCUCCGCGGUAAAUAAAGGGUCAAAAAGUGUUUACUUACCUGAUCCCAGCGCUGAUGUCCCUCGGGUCAUGGCUCCGCCUCCUCCUCUGUCUGCAACGAGCAAGCGCUAAUGCGCAUUAGACCUCCCCAUAUGCAAAUGGUGCACAUUAGACCUCCCCAUAGAAAAUCAUUGAAUCAAUGCAAAUCUAAGAUAGCGCAAGGACGUCAGUUAACGGAAAAGGUCCGUUUGGAUGCAGUGUCUGGGAGACAGCCACUAGAGGCAGACUUAGUGCUGCAAUGUAAAUAUUGCAGUUUCUCUGAAACUACAAUGUUUAACAUUAUAGCACUAAGUGCAAUAGGGACGCUCCACCCAGACACUUCAAUGAGCUGUAGUGGUCUGGGUGCCUAUAUUUAAUGAUGAAUCAUUAAUCUGGGCCCAGCCAUAUGUGAAUAUGGGUUUCUGUGAAUAAAUGAGUGACAGCAAAAGAAAAAAGUCUGUUUCGCGGUCUGUUUAGUGAUGCCAGGAGCCGUAAUAUGACGCCACUCUGACAUCAUUAUACAGCGCUCUAGGUAGCAGAGCAAGAAGAGCUUGAAGACGACAGCAGCCACACUGGACCCCCCAGGGAAAGGAUCGACUCCAGCUCUCCCAAAGGCAAGCAGGCUGGAUGGACUCUGAUCAUGAUCUCAGCCAAGCCAGUGCUUUCCCAUAGGAAAACAUUGAGAGGCUAUUGUGCAUGCACAGCAAAAUGACACCCGGUGCCAAUCACAAUCUCCUCAGAUUCAUUGAAUCAAUGCAUCUGUGGGGAUCAUCCAGCGCUUCCAUGCAGAGCGUGAAGACGCUGAAUAUAGGUACUGCACAUUGUGCUUACUUGGCAUCAAUGUAAAAACGGCAUUUUCUCUGAAAGUGUGUGUGUAGAUAUAGAGCGAGAGAUCGCAAGAUCUGCCUAUACAGCAAGCAAGCUAGAUCGAGAGAUCGAUGGCAAGAUCUGCUUAUACAGACAGGUAGAGAUCAAUGUCUGUCUGUAUAGGCAGAUCUUGCUAGUGAGAAGUGUUCUGGCAAAUAAUGAAAACUUGAAUGUUAUGUCUUUAGGGUACAUCUGAAACACCUUCCCAAGGAUGUAAAGAUUUUUAUGUGCUGGUUGUAUACAGAAAAAAUUGUAUCAUGUAAACAUCAGUUUAGUUUUUAGGUAAAUUUGAAAUGGAGCAGAUAAAUUUCUUAAAACUGCCCAGAUCCUUACUUGCAUCUUUGCCUCUACUGGUGAAGUCUUUGUCAUAGCUAAACAGUGAGCCUUUCAUCCACUAAUCCUGCAGAUGAUAGGGUCACUAUCCGGCUGGUGUUCAUUUAAUGUGUAUUCAUUGUGCUUACAAAUCUCAGUAAAUUUAUAGAUCAGUCUAAAGACUGUCUCUUACUCCUCCAAGUUGGCAAACGCAAAGACACUGGAUGACACUUUGUGUAGCUUUCCCAUCCACAUCUAGCACACAAGAUGUCAAGUCCCCAAAUAGUUUUUAUUUGCACCUAUUUAUUUUUUUAAUUGAUCAGAUCAAUUGAGUAUAUUAUUAUUUAUAUAGCGCCAACAAAUUCUGUUGCGCUUAACAGUGGAUGAUCUUUUUCCUUUUACUAUGCAUUGUAGGUCUGUGCUGCCAAUUUUGGAGAUAUUUGCAGUGUUGUGGGACAAGAUGCAACUGAGAAAAUGUUGGUAAGCAUAUGAUAUUCAGAAGUGCCAAUUAUAAAAAGUAGUCCGACUUGCAGUGACCUUUUGAUAAAAACGAUUCUACUUGAUUUUUUUUUGUUCAUUGUGAUAGGUCAGAAUUAUUCAAUUACUUUGGUUAGAUGUAGGCAUCUGUUUGUUUUGCAUUUAUUCUUUCACCCCAGUAAAUAAUAUUUCAGCAUUUACUGGGGUGACUAAAAUAGCGAUGGUAAUCAUGGAAAAAUAAAACUGCCACGAUUAAGCAUUUUCAGAGAUUUACCACCCCUUGGUGCCCUGGGCUUGCGUGCUUCUGUGUCGAGCUGAGAUUUCUCUAUACAUACAUGUGCACUUGGAGAAUUAACUAACUUGCAUAUGAUAUAUAAAGUUUAACCUAAUCAUAAGCAAACUUUUAUCUACUUGUUUGAAUGUGUUAAAAGUGGCAGUUCCUUUUUUAUUAUGCCCAAAACUGACUCUUCAGUUUCUACUAUUAUUAUGAUAUUUAUAGCGCGCCGUCAAAUUCCGCAGCGCUUUACAAUGGGUGGACGAACAGACAUGUAGUUGUAACCAGACAAGUUGGACACACAGGAACAAAGAGGUUGAGGGCCCUGCUCAAUGAGCUUACAUGCUAGAGGGAGUGGGGUAAAAUGGCACAAAAAGGUAAGGAUAGUAUUAGACUGACAGUUGCAGAAGAGGAAUCAGUCAGGAGCUACUAACCGUUUAAUUGAUACGCUUUUAUGAAGAAGUGGGUUUUUAACGAUCUUUUGAAAGAGUGGAGACUGGGUGAGCAUCUAGAAAUUAGUAGGAAUUCUCACUACCAUAGGUUGAUAAUAUCUUUUGGGUAAACUUAAUUCUCAGUUCCUCCCCAAUUGUUUUUGGAGUAAAUUGUUUAUGAAUCACUUUGGAGUUAAUCUUGUAAUUUUAGUAAAUUAAAAUGUGAGUGACAAAAUUUAAGGAAAAAUGCUUGUAUGGAGACGUUCUCCUAGACUGCUUUAGUCACAUAUUGGCUAUUUUAACCUCAAUUUUUUGACCCAGGUUUGUUUUCUAAAUUUGUAAUUUAUUUGACUAACUCUGGUUGUGGUACACUUUAUUUAAUUGGUUAUUGUUUUUACUGAAGUUUUGCCGUAAGUAUGUGAAAAAUAAACUGAUGUACAUAGUUUUUGUUAAAAAAAAAAAUCCACUAUUUUGUUUUGUUUUUUGCAACAGCUUCCACGGUUUUUCCAGUUGUGUUCUGAUAACGUUUGGGGUGUGCGUAAAGCCUGUGCAGAAUGUUUUAUGGCAGUUUCUUGCACAACCUCUCAAGAACUUCGUCGCACUAAACUGUCUGCUCUUUUUAUUAACCUAAUCAGUGACCCUUCCAGAUGGGUAAGUUGUUUACUGCCACAUCUUUUCUUUCCUGAAAGUAUUGUAUGUUGAAUGUACAUGUGCUAUCUGGUAAAUUCCCCCUCCAUCCAUUAUCUGUGUUCUCAAACCUGUUUUAUUUUCUUUUCUUUAAUCUGCUACUUGAUUUGUUUUUUGUCUUUUUUUUUCUUUUUCUUUCUUUUUUUUUUCUAGUUUUUUAUUUUUUAUUUUUUAUUUUUUUGUCUAGUUUGAAUAUCCUUUGUAUUUAUGCAUUAUGCAAACAGAUGCAAAUAAACAGAAGCAUUCUCAGCCAUCACUGCCCUGACUGGUAUGGCAGACUGCAGAACCUCCACGUCAGCCAUUUUAUCAGUGGAGACUGGCCGGCAGACAGCCAGGGGCCAACUGUCUCUACAAAAUGGCGAUGCAGGACCUGGUGGACACAGACUUUAGACACUAUAACAACUUUAAUCCGUUAAAGUGCUUAGAUUGUUCUUUUAACGUUACUUUUUAAGAUUCUAUUUUGUUUUUUAUUCGCUGUGCAAAUAAACCACCUAUUGUUACAAAUACACUAAAGUACUUGGAACACUACCCUCAUAUAUUUUUAUAAUCUUAUAAUCAAGAUUGUUGCUUGCUUUAUUUUUUUAGGUUCGUCAAGCUGCCUUUCAGUCCCUUGGGCCUUUUAUAUCCACAUUUGCAAAUCCAUCAAAUUCUGGUCAGUAUUUCAAAGAAGAGGAGUGUAAAAGCUCAAAGGACGAUCAACAAAGUGAAAACGAUGAGAGGUAUGCACUUUUGUGGAUUUGAAAGUUGUUUGAAAUAAAGCAACAAUGCCAAUGCUGAACUUGUAAAGCUAAUUGUUUAUCUUAACAGUUGUGACAUUGCAAUUGUAAUAGGAUCUUGACCAUCCAUCAGCCCAGACUGGCCAUUGGGCAAAUGCCCGGAGGGCAGCGAUGACCACAGGCCUAGGUCUGUGGGGGGUGAUCCUUUGAUCGCCUCUGUCGGCUCAUGCAAAGCCGGCCCUGCUGUGAGCCCACUAGGGCUGGUGGGGAGAUCAAAGAGCUCUCUCACAGGCCCGCAGAGCGAGGGGAGAUGGGGUGCAGGGAUGAUCUAUUCCUCUUGUGAGCAAGAAUUGAUUCGGAAUGUUGCCGCGGUUACCACUGCAACGCUCCGAGAAUCUUGCAAGAGGAGUGAACUCUGCCUGCAGCCAGAGUAACACCUCCAUUGGACCACCAGGAUCUACAGUGUGUCUCACCUCUCUGAAAAUAUAAAAGGGGAGGGGCAUAAAUAAAAAUACUAUGAAACAUUACUGACAAUAAUAAAAUAUAUUUUUAACCACACACUGCACCCUUCCACACGCCUUUAGAAACACACUGCACCACCUACACACUACAUAUGUCAUACACACUACAUCCCCUAUAUACACUUUGGAUCCCUUCUACACACAUACUAAAUCCCCUGUACGCAAAAACACACUGUAGCGGGCAGAGGGUAACCCAACCGGUUACCUCUGCUAAUACAGAAGCAAGAGACUCAUCUUCCCCCAGUAACUGGAUGACACACAGUUCCAGAGGUACAACAAAACUUUAUUCGCCACACUCUGCUUUAUACUUUCCCCAUGCAAAGGGUGGAUCAUACACAACGAGAAUGUCCCCUACCGGGGGUCGCAUAACUGAACCAGAACCCCAAUCCCCUUUGUCCCGUGUUCCCACAACUCCAUGCCCCCUUCCCAGGGUUUUCCCGAUCCCAGAGGCCUGUGCGUGUGACAGGAACUCCAGUCCCUUUGUCCCCAGUUCCCGCCACCAUCCUUCGUGGACCAGGGGUUCUUUAUCCCAUGAGCCCCUGUACCUGGGAGUCCCAGCGCAUGGGGUCUCUGGGUGAAACCCGGCAAGGGAAGUGUCUCCUUUUGGGACACGAAUGCUUCCCCGGCCGCCGUUCAUCUAUACAAACGGUGGCCGCCCAGGGAAGCACUCAUUAAUUACUUCCCUUGUGGUUUCACACUUAUGUUGCAAGUUGCCAAAGUUCUAAGUGAUUGGUGUGAGCACUCCAAGGGACACUGGGGAGGUCCUCGUUUGGGAAGCAAUCCACGAAUGCUCCCCCUAGAUAGCGUUUGUCUAACGAACAGGCCGCCACCCAGGGUCGGCACACGCCAAGGCUUCCCUUUCGGUUUGUGAAUUUGACACCUCGUUGGUGAGGUAUAAACAUUCUAAAUGGAGUAUUGAGGUGGUCCCCGUUCGUAUGAGCUCUCCCGAACGGAGAGCAGGUAAAACAUACAAAUAUUCACAAAUACAUCCCCCUAUACACACUUUACAGCCUCUACACACAAUGUCACCUACACAUGCAUACUCUGCAGCACUUAUGCACACACUUGCUGUGUCUCCAAUACAACACACUGUUUUCCUUCUACGCAAACUACAACACAUGCACACACUCUCUACAGCCCCGAAACACACACACUAUCCCAAAAGCAGCCUCUAAACACGUGUACAGAACUCUUUCCUGGCCAUUUUUCCCUCUGGUAUCCCACUUAUGAAGAUACUCGAGACAAGUCACAAGCAAACGCAGUGCAAUCUUGUCAUUAAAUUUGCAAUUAAAUAUGCAGACCAAAUGCAGAGCGCUUUUCUCAUGUGAUAGCUCUUCAGCAUGGCUCUGUGCAUGGGGGGGAGGGGAGUAUAGAGUAUUAGGUUGUUUUUUUUAUGUUUUGUCUUUUUCUUACUGAAUUAACUAUGCUGUAAUGUUAGAGAUCAAAUGAAAUGUUACAAAAGACUUGGGUGGUACCUCUAUGCAGUGUGCCCAUUGUGAAUCUCUUGAGAAACUGCAUACUGACCGUGUUAAACCACAUAAGACAAAAUUCUUGCAGGAAAUAUAUUUUAUAAAGCCCUCACAGCUAUACAUUAUCUUACCGAUUUUAAUUUAUGUAAUAAUUCACUGUCUUGGAAUAUUUUACUGUUGACCAUAAGGAGCCAAUUGUAUUCUGAAUCUCUAAGCUAAAGGGUGUCUUUCCUAUUCACUUAGGAUUUUAAAAUAAUGGAGCACUGUAGGCAUAUAUUAAAGUGAUUAUGAUGCCUGGUCAACGGGUACCACAUCACUGCUAAACUGUUUACUCCGUUUAUUAGAGUUUCUUGAUCCCCUCAAGCCUGGCCUCUGAUGACAAAAUGUCAGUGUUAGAAUUUUGCUCUACUUCAUGCGAUACCAAGGGUACUGGGUAUUGAUAAGUCAAGAGCACCUGCUGAGUGUUUGAAGAAAAUAACUUCCUCGUUCCCUGGUAUCAUGCAAGGCAGAAGCAUAUCUUCACCAUAUGGUCUUUUGAAGCUUGGCAUCAGACAGUCUGGACCCAUUAUCUUUACUAAAUGGUAGCAGCAAUGCGUCCCAGGCUCCUACAAACUCCUGGCAUCAUAACCAUUUAAAUCCGUUGAAGUGGGUCUGGUUUCUGUAGUUUUUCUUUGACAGGUAGUCUAUAGUCAUACUUUGUUUCUGGUACAACUAUGCUGUCGGGGACAAAAGUAACUCUUGCACUCAAGGAUGAUAAUUAUACAUACACCUCUCUCUUCUACUUUCUAAAACACACUUUUGAAUUGUCCUGUAAAAAAAAAAAAAAAACCCUCAAAGUUUUGUUAUGUUUUCAUUUCAGACACUUGUGGUAUGUGCACGGUACUGGUUAACCCUCUUGUAAACAAACAAGUUUCCAUAAAUUCUUUUUAUAAAUUCAUAUUGUAAAUUUGCUUGCUUAAAGGACCACUAUAGGCACCCAGACCACUUCAGCUUAAUGAAGUGGUCUGGGUGCCAGGUCCAGCUAGGAUUAACCCUUUCUUCUAUAAACAUAGCAUCUGAAACUGCUGUGUUUAUAAUAGGGUUAAUCCAGCCUCUAGUGGCUGUCUCAUUGACAGCCGCUAGAGGAGCUUCCGCGCUUCUCACUGUGAUUUUCACAGUGAGAAGACGCCAGCGUCCAUAGGAAAGCAUUGAGAAUGCUUUCCUAUGGACUGACUGAAUGCGCGCGCGCGCGUUCAGCCAAUGACGACGAGAAGGAGGAGGAGAGUCCCCAGCCCGGUGCUGGAAAAGAGGUAAAUUUAACCCCUUACACCACCUACAGCCCGGUGGGAGGGGGGGCCUGCAGUUGGGGGGGACCUAGAGACCCUAUAGAGCCAGGAAAACAAGUGUUUUCCUGGCACUAUAGUGGUCCUUUCAAGGGAUUUUUUUUAUUCAUUUUUAUUUUUUUUAAAUCUGCAGUGUAAUAUUUUGUAUGUAUAGUGUUAUUGGUAUACUGUGUUUGGGGACUCUUUACUAAAAUUAAUUCUUAGGUUCACAUUCACGAUGAUUCUGUUUUUAAAAAGAUACAUUUUCUUCAGCAGGACAGCUAAAGAGGUUCUGGCAGAAGAUGCUUCAAGUGUGGAGGAGGAAGAUGAUGUCCCGUUGAUAGACAAGCUUUGCACAGACAGUGAUGUUAAUUUUACUGUGAAGUUAGAAUCGAGCUUGGAAGAUGUAGCAGGUGAAUCUUCCAAGGACAGUAGUCAACAAGUUGACUUUCUAUCAUGUUGCACUUUGCCUUUGCAAUCUACAGCUGACUCCAGCAAACCAGAACAGAUCUCUAAUGAGUCUAAUGCACAUGAGGUGUUGGAGUUGGCUUCACCAGAGAGCCCUGUUACUGAGCAAGAAUUGUACAAUUCGUUCCAUUUCUGGAGGACUCCCAUCCCCGAGAUUGAUAUUGAUUUGGAACUGAAGCGAACACAAGCAGAAUCUCGUAGCACGGAAAGUAGUCAGACUGUUCAAAAGGCAUCAUCUCCCGGAUCUCCUAAUAUUACAAUGGCCACAAGAAAGGAGCUUGAGGAAAUGAUAGAAAAUUUGGAGCCUCAUAUAGAUGACCCUGAUGUUAAAGGUACCUGUAUAUCAUUUCCUAUCUAUUUAUUUGCAGUGCAGUAACAUUAUCACAGGCAGGUAAAGACAUGACAUCAGAAAACAUGAGAACAGUGUUAAGACUUGUGCACCAUUUAAAACUUUAUAAUGCUCAGCUGACAUGUAAAAAGAAAACAAGUAAAGCCCCACUGGAGCAUCAGGAAAGAGCAGUAUGAGAAAAUGCCUAGAAUCCUUCAAGGAGGCAUAGCCUUCGAGGUAUACAGAGAGUCCCUGAUAGCUCAGGCCAUUAUUGGGUAAGUCAUCCAAUUCCUGUCUCUGAGAGCACUCUCUUGCGGAGACCAGGGCCACAUAACUAGGCUUGGGGUGGUUAGGUUCAUCACUACCAUUCUUCCGCAGAACUCACCCUAAUACCCACACUCUGGGAGCAUCCACUUCCUUCUUUCCAGUGAUAGUCUGCACCAAAGAGGGAAAUAUGAGCUUACAGUCUAAAGGUCGCCACAGGUUCACGGCCCAGGUGAGUUGCAGCGAUACGUUGGUAUGUGUAAAAUCUGGAAUUCCGCUUUGGAGAGCUGGGGACUCAGAAUUGGGGAUGCCCCCUAUUUUUAGCUUUGCCCAGAGCCUGGCGCAAAUGUCAUCAGAGAUACUGAGCAGAGUCCACCUGUAAUAGUUACAGGCCUCUUUCCAGUGAGGUAACAGCUGCCGUCUUGGUUCCGCUUGUAGCACUUAGCAUGUCUUCCAAGCAGCACAUGGUAGAAGUCAGUGAAGCUGCUCCAUGUGGGACUAAGGCCACCUCCCCCGCGCGUCGAUAACAGGUAGUCCUCCAAAGUAUUAGGACUGCACUAAGAAAAAAAAAUGCUGCUAGAGUGGUAUAAGCCUGUGCACCAGGUUAUCCCCAAUUAGACAAGACUAUCUGAGAGUCAAUUUAAACUGUCAGGCCAGUCAUAGCAGUAAAAAAACUGAGUAAGAUAAGUAUCUGUAGCACUUUGCUUCCACUCUGCAUGGUUUUCAAGACUUGCCCCUGCAUAUUUUCCUACUUUAACAACCAUGAGUUCCCACCCCUUUUAACAAUUCUUCAAUGAGUGAUACAAGUGAGUAUCCUUUAGUCACAUUAGAACACUUUUUCUGAUAAAAAAAAAAGUUUAUCUAUUACUCUAUUAAAACAAUAUUUAGAAUCCCUACCUUGUAAUGUAAACUACAAAUUAUAAGAGGGGAUACAAUUUUGGACACUGCCAUGUAGGGGAAAAAGAUGUGAAGCAAUGGAACCAAGAUAUGAAAAUGUUUCCCCUCCAAAGCUCUUUUAUUGAAGUUUUUUUUUUUUCAUUUUUUAUUAUAAUUUUGAAGAUUAAACAAGUAUUAAACAGUGAUAGUUUUUUCAUCAUAAGAUCAACAUCAAAAUAUGAAUAUUACAUUACAUUACAGUGCAUACAAAGCUACAUAAAAAGACAUACAACAUAAAGAUAUCGGGUCAGCCAUCGGGAUCUGGGAGUUGGACAGAGUAGGUGUCACUUCUUUAAAAUAAUCAUUUAGAGUUAGACCCACUUUCGGAAUGUUAUUAUCCGUGUUUUAUCUUACAAAUGCAUCUAUGCCAGGGUUAUAGAUAGUUGAUUCUUUGUAGUAGUCAAACCAUUUCCCCCAAAUCUUAUUGUAGGAACAGAUAUUGUUAUCCUUAAAAUAUACUGCCUUUUCCAUUAAAACUUGAUAUUGAAUCUGGGUUUUGAUCUCUAUUAUAGAGGGAGAUAUAUUCUGUUUCCAUUUUCUAGCAAUGCACAGUUUGACAUCCAUCAAGACAUGUAUAGUCAAAUUUUUAGAUAAUUUAUCCAAUUUUGGGAAGUCUAAAUUGAAUAAGAAUCUUUCUGGAGAUAGCAUAAUAUUUAAUUUUAAAUCAAUAAAAAGUUUAGAUAAUUCCAAUUUAAGAAAUCUAAUCCUGUACAGUCCCACCACACAUUUGAAUGAGUCACAUUCACUAUUACAACGCCAACAGAUAUUUGAGGAGUUAGCUUGGAAUUUACAUAUUUUCGUAGGGACCAAAUACCAUCUAUGGAUAAGUUUAAGGUAUGUUUCCUGUAUAUUUAUACAAUGGACCAUUUUCCUUAAAGCUUCAAAUACUUUUGACCAAUCCUGACAUGAAAAAGAUUUAUUUAAUUCGGUUUCCCAUCUAGAGAUCAUAUUGUAUUUUAUUUCUUGGUUUAAUACCUCCAAAGAUCUUUUAACUGCUGAAGAUUUAUUUUUAACCUCCCCAAAAAAGGAUCUUGUCAAAAGGCAGUCUUUAAUUAUAGUUACCUUAUAAAGAAAGUUUUUAUUCUUAAAGGACCACUAUAGUGCCAGGAAAACAUACUCUUGUUCCUGGCACUAUAGUGCCCUGAGGGUGCCAGCGCUGGGCGGGGAGCUCUCCUCCUCCGAUCCUCCCCGUCGGCUGAAUGCGCACGCGUGGCAAGAGCUGCCCGCGCAUUCAGCUGGUCGCAUAGGAAAGCAUUAUCAAUGCUUACCUAUGGACGCUUGCGUGCUCUCACUGUGAUUUUCACAGUGAGAAUCAUGCAAGCGCCUCUAGCGGCUGUCAAUGAGACAGCCGCUAGAGGCUUUGGGGGAAGGCUUAACUCAUUUAUAAACAUAGCAGUUUCUCUGAAACUAUGUUUAUUAAAAAAAAUGGGUUAACCCUAGCUGGACCUGGCACCCAGACCACUUCAUUAAGCUGAAGUGGUCUGGGUGCCUAGAAUGGUCCUUUAAGUAAGUGAAAUGUUCUUUAUUUACAAGUCCAAUUUUUUCUCUAAUACUUGGAAAGCUGCAAAUACCAGAGGUAUCGUAUGGGUCCUGAAUUUUUACCCCAUCUCUAACUAACCAACCAGAUAAAUUAGGAUCUUGAAUGAAAAAUUUAAAAAUUUCCAAAGGGGCAUUUGAGGAAAUUUGAUUUUGAGCAAAAAAAUAUUUCUUUAUUGGUAUUAUAGAUUGAAAAGUGUGGAAGAUAAUUUUAAUUAUCAAUAGGUUUUUAAAAAGUUUUUUUUAUCUAUUCAGAAAAAAUCGAAAGGGUCUAAGGUAUUACAUAAACUCUUUUCAUAUAAAUACCAAGCUGUCCUCUUUGAAUUGUUGUUUCCCCAUUCUAAAUAGUGUGAAAACAUUACUGUGUCGUGGAUAUAGAAUAUAUUCGGAAAGGUUAGACAUCCUUCUGCUAAUCUAGCUGACAUAACUUUUAGAGUCUUUUAUUGAAGUUUACUCACCCCUCAAAGGGUUCAUGCAAACAAGAGAAACCUUUCCAAAAUGCAGUUUAGUGAACUAAAAUUAGUAAGCUUUGUAAUUAGGGGUUGCUAGAUUUGUGUGUGUAUUUGGCAUUGGAUUUAAAUCACAGUAAGGGAAGGUAGAGAGAUGGCAGAUGCAGUGGCUCCAGCAGUCUGGUGACUAUUUGAAAUAGGGAGUUUUUUUUUCUAGUGAUGGCAUGAGAAAGUGGCAGCAAACAUAGGGGGCAAGCACUAAGUAAACAAAGUUAUGGCUCUCUAAUUAGAUAACCAUGCCUCAUUCUGUAAAUAUCUUGGACAUCUCAGUACAGCAGUAAGUGCUCAAGAGUAUCUCAUUUGAUGGACCAGUAAAUACUUAAAGUUGGGGGACAGGCAAGUGAUGGCCUCGGGACAGCCUCUUUAGUAAAACUGCUUUAAAAUGUUUAAGGUAAGGUUUUUUGCAUUUCAUUCCUCUAUUUCUAAAAAUGUGUCCGAAAAUUAUUUCACUUUGAUUUUGUCUAAAUAGCAUACGUCUGUAAGUUGACCACAACUCGCUGUUAAUUGCAUAUAAUAAAUUGUUUUGUUUUGGAGUAGAUGGGGGAAAUAGAUCCAUGAUGUUAAUUAUGUAACUUUGUUGGUAGUAGUAGUAGUAAGUUUUACUUUUUGUUUUUGUGUAGCACAAGUUGAUGUACUCACAGCAGCCCUCAAAGCAUCCAAAUUAGGAACUCAGGAAGAUCCAAAAUCCUCUCACUUGAACCGGGAAAUCCUCUACAGAAAUGAUCGUAUUGAAACUGGGAAAAUAAACUGCAAAAUUGCAUGUGAAGACUCUGGUCCUUUGAUCAGCGAUUCUGUAGAGGUAAAAAGACUAUAGAGAUUUUGCGGUUUUCAGUUUUUUGGGAGAUCUAGAAAUGACAUGCAUAAUUAAACACUACUGUGUGGCUUAAACAUAUUUCAUGUAUGUGGGUUUAUAUUAUUUAAAGCUGACUAGACAUGUCCUCCAUAGUGUAUGCAGUCAACAUUGCGCUACAUACAUGAUGACUCUGACUUGAGCACUAGUGGCAGCUUUAGCCCUGAAGAUGAAAAAAAAUCCAAAGUGCAGGUAUGUGUUUCAAAGUACACACAUUCAUUAUAAUUUUGAUCAUAAAAAUGUGUAUGUUACAAUGUCAGCAUGUCUGUAUUCUUCUAGGAUGUUGUACCUCAAGCCUUAUUGGAUCAGUAUUUAUCCAUGACUGACCCAUCCCGUGCUCAGACUGUUGACACAGAGAUUGCCAAACAUUGUGCCUAUAGCAUUCCAGGAGUGGCUCUAACAUUGGGCAGACAGAACUGGCAUUGUCUCAGGGAUACUUAUGAGACUUUGGCAGCUGACAUGCAGGUAUGUACAACCAGAUUCUAAUAUAAUUGUUUGACAACUGCUUCUGAUGGGUACAAAUACAAAAAGAUAAGUCCUGCGCUCACACCCGUCACUCCUGGGUGGCAACGACCACACUACACAUCAGCCGCAAUACAUAAAGUAAAAACAAAAGAAAGUUACCUGUGCUCUCUCCUUAAUCCCUAUGUAUAUUUAAACAAAUGGAGGUCAUUUAGUUACUCCAAUGACAAAAUCGGCUAUAACUACUGCAUGCUACUGCAUGACAGAGGGCACCUUGGUGCACGCAGGGAUACCCUAAAAGCUGACAAAUCAGAGGAUUUGCCCGAAUAUACUCUGUAGCCAACAAGCAUGGAUGGCGUGGGGAGUGGGAAAAAAAUCCAAAGUGCAGGUAUGUGUUUCAUACCUGCAUUAGUCGCCAUGUCCCCCUCAGGGCUGUGUAAGACAGUUGCCGUGCAGCCGAAUCCAACCAAGGGGAGAUACCCAGCGCCAAUAACCAUUCCUGUGCAGUACUCAACCUUCCUAUCCUGGAAAAGUGGCGACAGGAUUUUGAAGCAGAGUGCAGGAGGGGCUCUCUCAGAUAGCAGGCCCUGUCUAACGCCCCUUCGGUGGCUCACCGACCACUUAGGUCUGAGAGUCUCUAGCAGCACAACCCCACGGCAGCGAGACACAAGCAACAACCUCUUGUUGCCACCUCAGGCCGUCACCAGUGGAAGCCAAACCAGAUCAGCGAGAACCUCAGAGCCCCAGGGGUGAUGAAGCCGGCCCUUGUAGUUGGCUGCAGCGGUAGAAGCACACAUCGGAACCGGUAUGCCUACAUGCAGGGGGACUAUCCGGGCAAAACCUUACUCUUACCACUCAUGGGAAUCGGCUGACCAUGAAUUCUGCCAUAUUGCCUGCAGGUUGCCUGUUAAUGAGGAAAAGGUAAAACUGAUUACUCAGUUAGGAGACCCACAGACAUUAGCCAUGACAGCCCAGCAUGUGUGCAUUAUAAGAUGAUGAGGCACAGGGUAAAAAAAGUUAAGGAGCUGGUUAAAUGAACACAUUCUUGCUAGGAGCUGUGAAGAAAAUUUUGAUGAUCAGAUUACUAUGAGUAUAUGAUCAUACAUUGCCAUAACACCAAUAUACUCCAUUCCACACCAGCGAGGCAAUGGCCGCACUCUCAUUUGGAUCUCCCCAUAGGAAAGCAGUGGGAAUGUGAAGGUGACGGCGAGAGAGAAUUAAAGGAUAACUGCAGCCACUUGUAAGAUGUAUAGGGAAUGAGGAGGAAAUUGAGUGAGAAGUACCAUUUUUCACAUCAUCAGCAAAUGAAUCAACAAAUAGAAAAGUAAAAUUGCAUGUUUCCAAAAGAGAUUUUUUCAGUACUUCCACAAUACUCUGUUUUGCAUACAAAGUAUCACUUGCUUAAUGCAGAAAGCCUUAAAUCACGGUCAUCUUGGAGCUUUAUAGUGUUUAUCACAGUCUUUCUAAGAAAUACUAAGAAAUUACUUUCUGAAUGCUCCUUUAAUUUUUCUUCUAAUCCCUUUACUGUUUUCAGUGGAAAGUGCGAAGGACGUUGGCCUUUUCCAUCCACGAGCUGGCAUCAAUCCUUGGAGACUCCCUGACAGCUGCUGAUUUACUUCCUAUAUUUAAUGGGUUUCUGAAAGAUCUUGAUGAAGUCAGAAUAGGAGUGCUGAAACAUCUCUAUGAUUUUCUAAAGGUAUAUUUUAUCCCUUUAUGUUCUUUCUGGUAUUGCUUGCUUCUAAUUAGGAUAGCCAAAUGCACAUUAUUUCAGGGCAGUUCUGACAAGAUUGGAUAUUUUGUGUUUUUGUUUUUUUUCAUUUAAGUAAACACCUCUUUCCAACCACAUUCCCUUUAGUUCUGUUCCAUUAUGUAGUACAUAAGAUUUACUUUUAUAGAAUUAAGUAUAUGCUUUGAAGAUCAUCAACUGACCUAAGCCUUGUUGCAGGGUGUAUUAAUAUCUAGAAAGUCCUUAGUUACUCUCAGUGCUUACAGUUGUACAUAAUUGUGAUAUUCUGUAUAUAAUAAUUUUGUGCAUGAUGUUUACUGUAUUUAAAAAAGAAAGUGUGUGUGUAAUUUGUUUUUGUUUUUUGUAUUUUAGCAGAGUCUUCAAUUUUACAUGUUAAUUUUAAAUAUAUUUAUCUUUAUCAAUUUGCCUUGUGUCCUAGCUUCUCCCGCCAGAUAAAAGAAGGGAAUAUCUUUAUCAGCUGCAAGAGUUCCUGGUGACUGACAACUGUCGGAACUGGCGAUUCAGGGCAGAGCUAGCAGAGUAUGUAAUCUAGUAUUUAUUUCUAUAAAAAAAUAUAGAUAUGCUAAUAUAUUUAUGAAGUACAGCUUUAAGUGACCGGUUGACACUCCAUUCUUUUACUACUCUAGCAGGAACAACCUUAAUCGCAGCUACAUAUGCCAUAGUUGCUCUGAUUGAGAACCAGGAAAACCGUCUGUGUUAGAGUUCACCUUCUCUCCCCUGGCCAUUGUUGGUAAAGAGGGAUAUGGCAUCAAAAUAUGAUAUUGCAACACUAAAGACUGCACGGCAUUUCUUUCAAUAACACUAUACACUCUUAUGGAAUAUGAAAUAAAGUUUUUGAAUUUAAUUCCUGGAUCCGUUGAAAAGAAAAAAAAACUUUUUUCCUUAAUAAAUAGAAGUAAAGUUGUAUUUAAUACCGGAUAUUCAUUCCAUCCUUAAGUAUUUUCAUGAAACAGUGACAAUUUGUUGACCAUGUCUAAGUUGUUAGAAGCUGGCAUAUAUCAAAAAUAUAUACCAGGUUAGAUGUAUUUUUGUGUAAACAAGCCUGCAUUGCCUUAGUAACAGAUGUCUCAUUUACUGUUCCUUCAAGUGGUGGUGCUCUGUGUGUUUUUGGAAUGUAGUUCUAUCACUGUGUUCUGUUUCGUUUUUCAAUAGGCAGUUGAUUUUUCUUCUUGAACUGUACAGUGCCAGAGAUAUUUAUGAUUACUUGCUGCCAAUUGCUUUGAAUCUUUGUGGUGAUAAGGUGUCUUCUGUGCGUUGGAUUUCUUAUAAACUGGUAAGAGUAAAACAAAGUUUACACGAAUUGUUAAAAAAAGAAAAAAGCACUAUAACCAAUUAAGUUAUUAAAUGUUUGGUUCUUCCUUAUUCUAUUCUAUAAUAUAGUUCAGCAGUGGUUUCUUGCCAAAGAAAAGAUACCCGUGCGCUCUCCUUAAUCCCUAUGUAUAUGUAAACAAAUGGAGGUCAUUUAGUUACUCCAAUGGCCACUGAAGGGAAUGCCUGCCUACCAACGUCAAGGCAGACCCCCCUAGACUGGUCCUACUCUGACCCUUUACCUUGCUUCCUUGAGCUUCUGGCAAAAAUAUCUGAGACAGAAAGGGGUAUUUUUUUUUUAUAUACACCCUAUAUACUUGUUAACCCUUAAUAGGGAACACAUGGGAUGGGCGGCAGCAUUGUAACCUAGCUGGGUAAUACAAAAAGUGAAUACAAAAAGAAAAGUCCUGAGCUCAAUCCCAUCACUCCUGGGCGGAAGCAACGACUACAGUACACAUCAGCUAAUACAUAUAGUAAAAACCAAAGGGAAAAAAGUUUUCUUACAGUUCUCUUCACUGAUUUUCCAUCCCCACUAUAUGAUGUCCUAGGAGCAGCAGAAUUUCCCACUAAUAAUCAAAUUGGUAGUGGUUUUCCUGGAUUUCUGAAUUGUAAACUUUGUAUAGAGGUUUUAAACUAGGUUUACACCAUGUAUUUCUUGUUUAAAUUUACAAGUUGACAAUUAUGUAAUUUACCAUACAUUUAUACAUGUGCUGCUUUUCAGGUAAGUGAGAUGGUGAAGAAGCUGUACCUUGCACCUACCCAAACAUUGGUGCUGGACCUAAUGAAUAAACUAGUCGAACAGUUUUGUCGGAGCUCUAAAUGGUCUGGGCGACAAACAUUUGUGUUCAUUUGUCAGGUAAGUGCAUACAUUUUAUAGAUAUAGAUAGAUAUAGAUAGAUUUAUAGAUAUGUCUAUAUAUAUAUAUAUCUAUAUAUAUCUAUAUAUAUACAUAUAUCUAUCUCGUUUUGUUAUAUGUGGUUUGAGUGCUUCUUUAGUGUUUGUGUUCCAAUUAUCACAGAAUUUGCAGGCGAAAGAGACUCGAUAAAUUGCUUUACACAGCCUUUUACUUUGAUAAAGAUAGAACAGGCCACAAUAAUUUUUCCAGACUAAUAUUUUUUUUUCUUCCAGAACUGCCCUUGAGACAUAAACCCAUAUAUAAGAAACUUUAUUAGAAAUUCUUUCAAACAAAAUCUUUUUGGUUGCCAAAGAUAUUUCUUGACACAGGGUAUUCAUGUGAUUGUACGAAAACCUGUCAGUUGUAUUUGAAAACCAUGAAUUGUUGACAGAUACAUGACUGUCGUAGCCACCACUGUUUCCAAACAACAUCUUUAGGUUUCCUGAAGCCUCUGUAAAAUUUGUUUGUCUGAGUGUCUUCGUUGGUAAACAAUGUCUUGUUUCCAGAAGCCGUAACUGCAUUGUGAGUAACCAGUGACCUCUAAAAAUGUUGUUUGGCUUCAUGUAAGUUUGAGUUUUGGUGUUCGUUACACAUGCAACUAAUGUACUCUGUUCUGUCCUCUUUCCCACCUAGGCACUCAUUGAAGAUGACUGUCUUCCAAUGGACCAAUUUGCCCUUCACCUGAUGCCUCAUCUAUUGCAUUUAGCAUCUGACAGGGUUCCGAAUGUGAGGGUCCUCUUAGCAAAGACUCUCAAACAGACCUUGCUAGAGAAGGGUGAGCACUUCCUGUUUGUUCUGACACCCAGUAAGCAAUAUGUAGGAUUUUGCCUUGCUUUCUAUAUAAUUAAAACAGAGACAUAGGAAAUACAUUCUGCCGUUGUUAUACCCUUCUCAUGUAAUAUUUUGUCUCACUCAUAGAGCACUUGGCCUGUAAAGUAAAACAACAUUGACACAGUUUGGCAAAGUAUUGGCUAAUCGCUGUUUGAGUAAGCUCUUGCUUCCUAAUUGGCAAAUGUGGUCCAAAAUGUUAGCUUUGUAUCUAGAAUUGGAAUAUUCCUCACUUGAAUUCAUAUUUUUUUAGUUUAUGUAUAAAACUUUGCAAAGAGCAUGCUUAUUUGUUACACCUACUCCAGUCUUGGAAGAAGGCAUGGUUGUAGGAUUCAAACCAUAGCAGAGUUUUCCCCUUUAUGAAAUUGAGAAGCUGUUUUAUUUACAAUGGUCUGGCAGCAUAGAAUAAUGUCCCAAUGGGGCAUUGAUUGGUGCUUCUGGAGACCUGGAGAUGCAGUAAAUUCCAUCAUAGGAAAAUUGUUUAGCGGAUUUUGCAGGCAGAAUAAAAGUAAUGAGUCACCUGACAAAAUGAGGAAGUUCCUCGGUGGGUAGUGGAUCUUGAUGUCCUUUUGGCACCCCUUGUCAUUCAGUUAGUCUACUUGGUUGGUGAAGUGCGAUUCCAACAUUUGUAACUGCUACAUUGACUCACUCAGGGCACUUAACUCUUUUUUCAGGUCGAUUGUUUCCUCUUCAGUAGUUUAUAGCUUCUAUCCUGUUUGUCACUACCUGCCCCUCCAUUUUUACAUCAUUGGUUGUUAACAUUGCCUUGGAGGUGUAACAGCAGGUCUUGGAUGACAUGGUAUAUCGGCAGGUAUAUCGAUGGCUGGUAUAUCCAGGCUAUAUCGAUGGCUGGUAUAUCGGCUCCAGUGAGUGCUGGGUCUCCAAGAAAGGAGUGUUCUCUGCAGGUAGGUCGGGUUAUCCCCCCAGGCUUGAGAGAUAGAUGCCAGCUUCAGGCCAAUGUCUGUGCUUGCAUCGAAUUCCUCUGCUCAUGUAUUCGUUGCUGGUAAUCUGUGCAGUAGGCUUUACGUCAUCGUUGCGGAGUUUUGGCAGUUGGCACUUAAAGCCUAAAAGAAAGGCAUCCACAGGUUCAGUUAUAACCUCCCAAAUGCAAAGGUGGCAGUUUUACCCCCGGAUGUCGAGUGCCUCUAGAGAUGGGAGGUAAUUUUCCCGAUGUUUGUUUGCGCUAGGAGCUGCAAGGAAUGGUGUCUCUCGAUGUGCUGCUUAGCUCUGCCGCAGUACAUAUUGAUCUUAAAAAUCCACUGCUACUUGUUACAAGGUUAAAGGUGACUAAUUUCAGCCAUGAAAGGUGUGGCAUGGGCUUGCUAAACAGCGAUUUGGUUCCUAUGAUUGAACAGCCACAAAAAUUCGGUACUGGGGAAGAAGGGGGAAGAGCUUGCUAAAGCAACAAACAGGAGAACUGCAGCUUUUGUAACCGGAUUUUAGAUAUACCCCAAAUGAAAAAUGAAUGAUUAAAUGCAUUCAUGUUUUCAUUUCGGGUAUAGUUUCCCCAAACAGUCUUCUUCCUGCCGUGUUUGGCUUUUAUCCUGAUGAAAUUAAGCUGUCAAGUCAAUCUAAACCUAUGGCAAGAAAGGGAACGGUGCAUGCUGUAAUCUUGACGUAAGACAAUAUGUCUAAUGGCUUAAUAAAAUAGUUGUUCAUUAUUCCAUCUCAUGGAUUAUUUUGAAACUUACAAAUGUUAGAGAUCUGCUACACUUUCCACAAGAGAUGUUUCAGAGAACCUGGAGUUGUAUAGAAUGGCAGACAUAUGGAGAACUGAUAGAAGUGAUAAGUCAUGAGAAGAGCCUAAGCAAUGUUCAGAUUUAUUUUUUAUUUUAACUAAUACCACCAGCAGUCCUUCACUGUGGUUUUCCAUUUGUUAAAGUUGUUUCCACAACUCCUUUAAAAAUUGGAUUCAGUUUUAAAUCUGUUUAUAUUUGAAUUGGAUUUUUACAAAUGCUAAUGAUGAUUUGCUUUGUUUCAGAAUACUUCCUGACAUCUGCCAAUUCUCAUCAGGAAGCAGUAGAGCAAACCAUUAUGGCUCUACAAAUGGAUUAUGACAGUGACGUCAAAUACUUUGCCAGUAUACACCCAGCUAGCACCAAACUUGCAGAUGAUGCCGUGAGCACUGCCUCUUCCACCUAUUAAGUAGCAUCCUUUCCCACUUAAACCACCGUGAACUCUGAAAUGAAGACAGCAUGGACACUGUCCUUGGUUUUUGUUUUUUUUUCUUCUCCUACUCUACAUUAGGAGGGAAGAGUAACUAUAAACUCUCUCAGAGGAUUGCCACCAAAGCCUUAAAUCAUCAGUCUUCCUGAGAUGUUAAAAAACUUGAAUUGGCUCUUUAGUAACUUUUAACCUACUAGGGAAUAACGUUACUCUACUUGUUUCCUCUCAGCCGAAUGUCAUUUAAUUCACUUCCUAUGUCUUUCACUGCAGGGAUCGCUGGUUGCAUAUAUAGGUUCAUAUUUAUUAAGCUGUGCUAUAAAACAACAUAUCUUACAGCACAGUGCUGCUUAGUAAGCAUGGGCAAACAAACUUGCAGUGAAUUACUCACUUUAUCCCCACAUUGUUUAGAUUGUCCAGUAUUAGAUGUAAUGGGGUUUUUAUUCAGAGGUAUUCCCCAUAAAUUUCUUAACGUGUGAAUAGUUAAACUUUUUUUUUUUGCAUUGCGUAAACGGAGAAAGAAAGUUGAGUAACUUCCUCCCACCUGCCUCCCUUUCUUUCUUAAUACCCUUUCUUUUCUUAAGGGCUCAGUGCUAACACUACACUAGAUACUGAUUUUAAUCCUUUAAUGCAGCAUAUUGCUGUAUGUAUUAGACAGACAACAUUGCUGUAAAGUACCUCUGUUAUAAUUAGUUUUCAUGCUGGUCAUGACCUGAAGGAAAUAUAUUAUUUCAUGAACUUCAAGUCAUUUUCAUUUUUUUUUUUAAACUUGGUAAUGAUCAGCCGUAAUGGGGUAUCACUAGUGGGCUCCAUAUACAUGUACAUAUCCGUCAGUACUCCCAGAAGUACCGAAGUCUUUAAUCAUGCUGUUUAAGCCUCUGUUGUAAUACAAGUUUCUCUGCUUGUCCGAAUAAAAUUUAAUAAGUUUCAAUAUACAUCAUCCUAUUAAA